UUUGUGUUGGGCAUGGGGACAAUUUUGUAAAGGAUGAAUGAAAUAUUAGUAUGGAAGUGGACAGGCAAAAUUCCAAACGGAAGUUUAGAUAGCAUCUUGCAGUAUUUGGAGGCCUUUACACGUAUUUUAGCGUGGAUUUGUUAUCGAUCGCCGCCUGUUUGAGGCGAAUCCUCAGCUAAAGUUCACGCGAGGCUUCGUAACUGUUUUUCAUGAUGCGAAAAAUGGCUGGUUCAAGAUUGCCUGCGUCUCCUCCACCUCCGGAUCUGUCGAAUUUAACCGAGGAGGAGAAGCAGAUUAUACAGUGUGUCUUGCAAAGACAGAAACAAAUGGAAGAAGAAACCAUUGAAUUGCAAAGGUAGGUACUCCACUUCGGCGAGUGUUUAUAACGCCAUGUUGGCGUUGGGCCGUGUAUAGCAGUCUUUGCUUUUUGCAUUGCCUUUGUUGCUGUAUUUUCAUCACUUGCGAUUAUUAGACGUUUGAAAAGAAUUAUCCUUGCAGAUUGUAUCGAGCUUGUUCCUGUUUAGUUUAUUUUUACGCUCCACUGGAAAUUAAACAAUUUUAUGUCUUCGUAUGUUUUAUUCAAUUCCAGAAAUCUUGAGAAAGAAGUCGAGAGCUAUCAAAAUAAAGUUGAGCGAAAAACCGGACAGUCGGUUACUAUAAGAGAGGAAAAUGUCUGCGAAAUUUGCCACAAGACAAAAUUUACGGACGGAUCGGGCAAGGAGUGUAAAUAUUGCAAACUCAAAGUUUGCGCGCGAUGUGGUGUGCAAGUGACUAUACCAGGCUCUAAACAGGUGAAUUUUGCGAAUUCUUUGAACGUUUUAAACAUUGUAAAGAUACUUUUGUUGUUCUUAUCCGUGAUUCAUGUUUUCUUAUUUUCAAAGAUUUUUGGGGGCCCCAAAUACUCAUAUUUUUCACUGAUUUUAAACGAAAUUCCUUGUCAGCAAUUUCGCAAAACGAAAUGAACUAAUUUGUAUUUUCUUAUAUUUUUCUUCGUUUUAUGACUGCGCUGACUGCCUCUUCCAAUGAUGUGUUCACAGGCUACGGUAAGUCGGAAUAUAAUUUUAAUCUACCACUUUUACACCUUAACAUUCAGACUCUAGAGCUUGAGACCUUUAAAACCAUUCGCUAUUAUGGGUUUCUGCGUUUCUGAUAGUAAACACAAAUGCUAUUGACAGCUAGGCUUAGCUCAUGUAUUUUUAAAAGCAUCCACUUUGUCGAUUUAGCUGUAUUAGAAUUUCUUAUUCCUUCAAGGGUGAACAAUUUUAUCUUUGCCAGUUAUCGGCGAUUUACCGUCCACUGCUUAAACUUCAAAAAUAAUUUGCAAUUAUUAGUCUGCCCCACGAGUAAAUUUUGUGUUUAGGAAGUGUCUGUAACUGAAACAAGACUGGCUGUCUACUUAUGUGAGAAAAGGGAAAAAACUUGGGAAUUAUUAUUUAUUUUCAUACAUGUAGAUCUGACUUAUUUAUAAUUUUGCAUCUUUGAGUUGUUUUUUGGUUAAAUAUUUUAAGGCUUUUAGUGAAUCACCUAGAUGCAUCUUCGUAGGAUAUUUAUUAAUCAUUUUUACAUUUUCUGGUAGAAUUGGACGAAGUAAUCGAGGGCGAUUUCCCAUCAGAUUUUUGUCCAUAUAAUACGGUAGACGCCAGCUUGUGACACACAGGUGAAACUAGGUGACCCACCCUAGAUUUGUUGGCAAACAAACGUUCUGGUAGAAAAACACAUCCAAAAUUUUUAAUUUCUCAAAAUUUCCUCCCCAGAAUUUAUUUGAUCCAGUGUUUAGUGUGAAAGGCGUGUGGAAAUGUGUAAAAGUCUUUUAUUUUUUCCGUUUGGUAUUUGUUUUGAUCCCAGGGUAGUUGAUGCAUUUUAUUUAAAGAGCUUGCACUGUGUAAAUAAAUGUUACAUUGAGUUAUUUUCAAUUUACCUCAUUUUUUGCCUUGAUGGAAAAACUGUUUCACACAGAUCUCGAGCUCUACUUUAUUAAUAAUUAUUUUUUAUAUUUGAACGAGACAAUUAUUUCUUUACCUGUGAAUAUAUCCUCUGCACACUAUUAUGAUAUAAAUGAGAUCAAUAUUCAUGUGUCUUCAUAAUUACAAUAUUCAGUAUAAGAGCAUUUUUAUUGUAAUACCAUCUUGCCUAUUUAAAACUCAUCUAGUCUGUAACCUUUUUAGCUUUAAUCUAAAUCCCUUUUUAUGAGUCGAAGAAUAUUUCCUUUCUGUUUUGUUGAAGGUUAUGCAAUGACAAAUGCUGUCUUUAUUCCUUAUCAUUGAUUAUUCAAUGUACUUGUAGCAAACAAAACCAAAUUUUUGGGUUUUAUUAUUUGUCACCUUAACCACAUGGUCAUCUUCUUUUUUUAACCUUUAAUCAUGAUAACAGAGGGGUUAAACUUUUAUGAGGUUGUAUAAAUUAAGCAGCGUUUAUCCAAAUUACGUUUUCAUGAGGAUAAACAAUGUAGGUUUUCUUGAAGCUUGAAAGUGUACUCUGUUUUUGGACUAAUAUUUAUCAUGCAGUCAAAAAAAGGUGACUUACACUUUGAGGGGGUGAGGAAUUUCAGGUCAAAACAGAGACCCAAAAAGGAAAUACACGCAAACCACAAAGAUAAAAUUGAGUGCGUCAGUCUUAUAAAAUAGGAUCAUCAAUCUUAAUCCACAAGAUUUGAGGCAGUGUUUUGUCAGUAGAGUUGAGGGCCACACUCAAAACAUAAAACAGCUUAUCUCACCAAGUGUAUUAAGAAUAUUUUGGAGUUCAGACUUUCUCACCUGCGUGUUGCAAUUUAGUCUAAAUCUGUUGGCCAUCAAAAGUUCUCAGCAACAAAAGGCAUUACUUACAGACUUUCGUGACAUUGGUUAUGUGAUAACAGUUAUUUUUCUUUGUCUAUUUUGACUACAUAUUUAGUGUUGAUAAAUUGAAGUAGAAUUCUUAAAAGAUAACAGUGAUGUCAUUGAGGUCAUUGACUUAUACCAGCUUAAAGCAGAGAUUUUAAUACUACAUGUAUCUUCAGCCACAGCACAAAAUUGUUACACUGCUGCAUGUACACUCUGUAGCAGUUUUCAGGGAAUUGUUUAUUGUUCCUGAAUUUUUCUUUUUUAUUGUUCUAGCAGUCAUUGUAGUUAAAACUCUUUUCAAAUUUGCCUUGGCAUUUUCUGGCUUUUAACUUGUUCUUUAGAGAGAGACUACAGUUCUGCAGUUUAAGCGGCUUAUUAAUAUUAUGUCAAAGUUGUCAUGGUAAACUCAAUACUUUUCAAACGUUCUCACAUUAAAUUGAUAUCAACAUGCAGAACUAAUGCUUGGUAGUGGUAGUUCGUUUACUUAGCUUAGAGUUGAAAUUUUGUUGUUGAUGAUGAGUAACGUAAAGAGAAAUUACUGCUUAUAUCUUUGUAUAUAGUUUACUUAAUUUGUAGUUUGCACUUAAAAAUAUGUUUUGGAAAAUAAUAAAAUGACCCCUUAGGAAGAAACUUUUAAUUAAAUUGUGUCUGAAGCUACAUUAUUUUUCUUGCUGACGUUCAUUAAUUUAUAUUUUCUUGAGGAGUCAGUUAUCAUUUUUGCAUCUUUUAUUAAGUAUCACAUUGUUUUCCAUUUUACUAGAUGGUAGCACUUCCAUGCAAUUAUCAGUUCUAACAUUAGCUGUUCUGGAAAUUUCUCCGAAUUCUUGAGUAUCAAAAUUAAUAAUAGUUAUCAAUGAACAAGUGUUUCCAUCUCAAUGAUUAACGUUUUACAUGUCUGUGAUAGAGGUUGCAUUAUUAUUAAAUCCUUACAUCUCUUAACAGUAAGGGUAAACACAGUGAAACCUCGAUAUAACGAACGAACAAGGGACUAACAAAAUAUGUUUGCUAAAAUUACAGUGCUCCGAGCUGCGACCAUUUUUGUUACCAUGGCGAAUUAAAAAAAUAUCGGUGACUAUACUUGCAAUGAAAGUUGCCAAUUUGGCAUCCUGUGUUUGACGGUCAUGUGCCAUGGCAUGCGAAGUUCCUUUGUCAGCUAGUGUUAAUGGUCUUUCCAAAGUUAAAUUGAGAUAAACAUUUGCAAGAAAUAUUAUUUCAGUGAUUUCGUUACAAAAAGUUAUGGUGUGUCCUCGGACUCAUCUUGUGAAAAAUCACCAGUCCCUGUCCAUAACCAGUGAGUCCCUAAAUUGAAAAUGCUUGGGCCUUUACAUUAUGUAACCAGACAGUUAAUCUGGUUACAGACACUAAAACUCUCUAUUACUGUUUACUGAAGUUAAAAUAUAGUCAUUCUAUAUAUUUAAAGCACAAAAAAGACUAAAAUAAAUAUGCAUCUUUAAACAACAGCCACAGAAAUCACAUAACAGGAUAUUCUACCAAAAAAUCUUCAAAUCAGUCAAUUGUUCUUUGUGUCCUUUAACGCAUGCCAUGAAUUAUUUUCCGUCAUUUCUGGAUUUUUAUAUGUCAGGUAUGCAGGAACAAAAUCACCGUUAUUUAUGCUCUGUAUUCAAGACAAUUGUCCUCUUUUCAUCGUGGUUGUCCUGAUGUGAAGCGUUGAGAUGCCGUGAGGUGUCCAAAUUUCAUAUUUGGAUGUAGGCAGGGGGGGGGGGCCAUGACUUGGGCCCUCCCUGGAUGUAGGGCAUAAUAGUUGGGCCGCCAUUUUGAUAAGAUGAGCGGGAGAUGGGUCAGAUGACAAAAAAAUUGGAGUUAUCGUGAAGAAAACUGAAUACAUGUGUGUUUCAAAGAAACUAUUUGCUACUGCUCUCUGGGUCUUCGCGACAGCAAUUUAGAUUUCAAGCAAGUUCAAAACAGUGAGAAUCAAGGGCUAUAAUAAAUCACAUGGUUAAAAAUUUGUUUGGCAAAUGAGUAUUAUGAGAAAACUGAUUUCCCGCAAGAAAAAAUAUUCAUUGCACAUGCUCUGGUGAAAAACAAAGUCGGGAUAAUGUGUCAGACAUUGUCCAGGCUUUGUGAGUUAAGGAAAAAUUAUAACAGUUGCAGGCUUUCAUCCUAAGUGUACCUUACUGGAAUAUUGUUGAUUUGAGUUUUUUUAGUAGCUGCCAUUGAGAUCUUGCCAGUUAAGGGUACUGCACUAAAACAAAAGUGGGUUUAUGCGACUUGUGUCUAACAUUAAUAAGUGCUACACAAAGCUAAAAGUACAGCCUUUGAUAUUCUUUUAUUUAAUCAUUGAGUGGAGUUUACAAUGAUGUGCUGGUAGAUGAUGUUUUGAGAAGUUUAAAGGAGCUUGCUUCUGGAGAUGCAUUUUCUGCAGAAAAAACUUCUGAAACUUGGCAAAAAUGUGAACCAAUUAUAUGGACGGAAACUGCUUCAGAAAUCAACUUCAGUAGCUUACCUUGCGACCAUUUAAUAAUUUUAGGUCGCCAAAGGCGACUUUGAACAAAACUGAGCUUGGAGCACUGAACGAGGUUUUUUCAUAUCAAGGUUCUUUUCCAUAUAUCAAUAUUUUUACUAUUACUGGGGCUGGAAAUAUAGUUUGUUAUACCACGGACUUCGUUAUAUUUAUGGAGGUUUGUUAAAUCAAGGUUCCACUGCACAUACAUGUGCAGUUGCAAUAAAAGAACAUUAUUCUGGUGAAAUUAAUAUUGUUAUAAACCUGUGCUUUUUACUAAGUAACAACCAGUUAGACAUAGCAACCCUCUAGUGCCUUAGGUUCAUGGUUUGGCCCUUGGCCUUGGCCUUUGAGAAAAAAAUACUGAAUGCUGAAAUGAAUGCCUAUCAUAAUUAUAAUAACAAUAAUAUUCUGGGGGAAGGGGAAGAAGGGAAAUUUUUGUCUAAAUUUAGGAAAAUUAUAAAAUUUAUAUAACAUUAUUAAUGUUAAUGUCAUUAGAUGAUUAUAAAUUUUUUAUAAUCAGCUUUGUUAAUGCCCUUAUCUUGUAAUAAGCAUUAAAUAAACUGGAUAUUGAUAAUAAACCUUUGCAAAUGUAAUAUAUUUUUCUCUGCAUAUUAGAAAGUGAAUAAUUUACUGAUUGUAUAUGUAAGGUAAUUUCAAUAUUAUUUAUUACUGAAUAUGAUUUAAUUUAUUACACUAUAUGUGAAGUUUCUAAUAGUUCUGUAAAUUAGGCUUGUUGAUAGAUGUACCCUAAUUAAAAUUUGCAAAAGAAGUUUAAAAAUUGAGGGCCACAAUAAGGAUAUGCAUUCUGAGCAAUUGUACACCAUCCUGUAAAUCAAAUAAUUUUUGUUAUAAUUUCCUGCAUGCUAAAUCUUUGUGUUGUCUGUGUUUGUUGUCUUUCAGCCUAAGGUAUCCGGGCUCUCGGACAUCAUUGUUAGUAUUUUCUUAGUCUGUCUUGGAAUAUCUUGCUUGUCUCUGUCUGUGAAUCUGUUGAAAUAUUAUUGCUAAAUCAUAUUUUUGAGUGUAUUAACUUGUUAAACUUUCUUUCAGCAAGGACAGGGACUCUCUCUCUUCUCCAACUUGAUUCAAGACUUCAAAACUCUUGCUUUGGGCCCUGAGGUCUGUAUCUCUCUUUAUCUUGUCAUUUUCUUUUCUUUUCAUCCCUCAGCAAUUUCAUCAGAGUCUAAACUACAAUAUAAUUAUGAUCUAGCAGGUGCUAGGUCUAAAGCUUUCAAAAAUAUUCUACCUGGUUUGGUUAAUGCUGAAACCUCCUGUCAUAAAAUAGCCAUUUUAAUUAAAACUGAUCUUUUCUUUUCAUCAGGUAAAAACUGUUCUUAUCCUCCUUGUAGGCUUUAAUAUUAUUGAUCAUUGCACUACUUCCAAUGUAGGCCAUGCAAAGGUUUCAGCAAGUCUUUGUCUCAGAGACCUUUCAUUUGACAUCUACAAAUGCACUGUAUCACUGUUUUCUUUAUGGGAAGUUCUUUUUAAUGUAAUGAUAAACAUGUGGGCAUGCAUGUGUAUCUGAAUAAUUGUUGCCUGGUCAUGUUGUGGUGACAUCUUGGCACAUGUGUGCACUUACAGAUGCUCGUCAGCACUGACUUGUACAGCUGUACAUGUAAUUAUUGAGUCUGAGCUGAUGCAUACAUGCAUCUGCUUUGCAUCUGUCUUGUUCACUUAGUUCUGGCCUGCACUGUAGUUUAAAUUCAGUGUCAUAUCACUGGCAUACACCUUGAAAUGUAAUUAUCAUAUUUAUUAUCCUUCCCUUAAAUGUAACUUUUCUUUUCUUUUAGUCACAUAAUUCUAUAUAGUGCUUUUGAUAUCUGGUACCAGUAAUGAAAAUUAAACAUAAAAAUACACAUAUUUAAUUCUGUUUGUAAAAUUGUAUUAAAUUUCUACAGUAGACUUAUCAGUAAGUAAAUGUGUUUUAAAUGGACACUUUCAGCACUUUUGUGAGAAGUGAGUAAUCUCUUCGUUAGCAUACAUGUUCCCUUUUAAUUCUUUUCUUUUUCAUCAUUUUGUUAUCUGUUUUGCCAAUGGAAUCAGCUCCCUUGACUCCAUUAUAAUUUGUAGCUUGGAAUGUGUCUUAAAGUACUACACUGUAUUUGUACAUGUACAAUCAUGUAACUGUAUUCAAAUUACUCUCUCUUUGGCAUUAUCAUAAAAACUAAUGUUCUUAGUUUCCACUGACUAUAUGGUACUGUACAUGUUUACUCCACUUAGUCACAAAAUUUCAGUCCAACUUCUCAGCUUUCAUAUAUAGCUUUGUCUCUUUAAACAAAUCUUUCUGUCUCUUGUCCAGAUCUUUUGUGACUCUUGGUGUCGGGCUUGCAGAGAAAAGUGCAAAAAAAAAAAAAAAAACAAAACAAAACAGCAGGGGCGACUCUUUUAUCCAUGAAUGGACCAACACUUCUUGUUUCUUGACAUACAUUUGUAUUAUAUGUUGUGACUGCUGCUGUUUGAAAUUCUUAUAGCUGAGGCCAUUAUCUAAGAGUGAAAGUAAACCCAUCGAGUUCAGAUUAAUAAUAAUUAAAUUAUUAUUAAUUUGCCCUAUGACAUGCAUAUGCAAUCGUGGAACCUACAACUCUGUUGAAUUUGGCAAGAAACAAACUACAUGUAUGUAACCAGUGUUUAUACCUGUACACUGUGUCCCUACGACUUGGUAGAUUGCACCUGUCAGGGGUUUCAUUAAGCAUCGGAGAUCGAAGAAUUCUCUGUCUACUACACAUAAUUCUCUGGCUAAAUUUUGAUGAAGUGUGGCUAUUUUAUUUAGACAAAUCAGACGUGGAUAUGUGUAUGUAAAUAGAUAUUAUUUCCAGAAAUGCGAAAUUUUAGUGCUUAGCCACUUGCUUUACAUUCCUAAAGAAACAACAAAUACAUGAAAGACAUUAUUUAAAUUCUAGCAGUUUUAAGCCGAACAAAACUAACAGGUGAUGUGUAAAAUAUUGGGUGGUUUGCUGAAGCCUGGAGAGGUGACUGUAUGCUUGACGCUUUUUAAUUUGCACGCGAAAAAUUGUUAAACGAAUAAAUACUAAUGAAUGCAAAGAGGGGAAACAAAAUAAAGUACUUGAUGAACAAAUCAUAGAGGCAAAGUUACGGCAAGAAAAGUUUAAGCAAUAAAAAUCAAGCACCUUUAUGAAUAAAAAGAACUAUUUCUUUCAGAACUGCUAUGGAAAUAAAUUUGGCAAUGUUUACCUAGUAUGUAAAUGACAGAGUAUCAAAUUGCUAUGAAGCAAAUGAGAGAUUUUUGUAUUUUAACGACGACUUCUAAAACGGGACAUUAUAAAUUGUAACUGCAGAGGAAACAAAGAAGAGAUAUUCAUUGAUAUUCGACAAAUCGUCUAGUAAUCCAAACACGCAAUGUUUUGCGCUCAUGGCGAGUUUGUUUAAAUGUGUUCUGUCUAGUCGUGCUUUCACAAUUUAUUGAAAACAACGUAAAUAUAUUAAAUUGAAGUUAAAGCCUAUAGAGCAUUUUCACUCUGCUGGUGGCCAGCAUCUAUGCAAAUUUAUUGGAAUGUAAAAAAAGUGUUUGCAGUAGAAAAGAGUUCAACUCCCACAGGGUUGGUUGGGGCACCAACAUUACCACCAUUCAUUGUUUUGGGACGUCACCAAUAUGGCUGCUGUGACAUCAUGUGAAAACCCUCUAUUGAUCACUCUUUGGUAUGUCACAACUCUAGGAGUGUAUAGCAGGGUUAGAAGUUGAUCAUAAUUUAACAAUAUGCCUGUUAAUUCAAAGAAAAAAUGUUUUGAAACCACGUAGAGGUAUAUGCAGUGUUAUUUGUUCCCCGAGGCAGCUACGAGAAAUAAUAUGAAAUAGCAAAUUUUGCUAUCAGAUGGUGGGAAAAGGGAUCUCAGCAUGGUUUAAAAUGCAAAAUUUCCUGGCUCAUUUUCAAGCUCUUUCCAGAAAAGGGCUUGCUCUUUCAAAAUAUUCUCCUGUUACUAUACACUUUUCUCUUGCCACUACAUGCAAUUCUUAAUGAAACCCCUGACCUGUCAUGUGACCUGUUCUUGCUGGUUUUUCUUUUUUUUGACUCAUUAAACUACCUUAUGAAUUUCCUAAACCCUCUCAUGAUAAAAACGCACAGAAUAUUCAUAUUACUUUGAUAGCAUGAAAGGUUACCAAUAGAAAAUAACAUAGCCGCUUGUUUAUUAUUAAGACUGAAAGAAAACUCACGUUCUUAAUUUUGUGUAAGUAUUUUUUAGAAUAAUAACUGAUAUGGUUUGAUGAUAAAAUUAAUAACUUUUUAUUAGAGUUAAUUAUAGAGUAUGCAGAAUUUAUUAAAAUCCUUCUACUAAAAUCUUGGAAGUUAAAGAUUGAAACAUAAAAUGAUGUACAGUUUCUGGUGAACGUUUGUAUUAUAAAGCAUAAACAUCUUGCCAUUAAGUUUGAACAUUAAAAAAUAAUGUAAAGGAUAAACACUUUUCUGUUAGUUAUGAUGUUAAGAAUAAAUAAAGUGAAGUUAAAGAAUAAAAAAUAAAAAAUACUGUCACUGUCUAACACUGAAAAUUCAAACUAUUGCUCUGUAGGUUUGUCCUAAUUUAUUAUUAUAAAGCAUAAACAUUUUGCCAUUUACAAAUAUAAUGUUAUGACAUGAAAAAUAACAAUAAUCUUACAAACAAGUAAACGUUAAUGGUAUCAUUUUAGUGUAAGAGUUGUGAUUUACUUAUAAAAUUUUAAAGUCUUGAUUACUAAAUGGUAAAAAAUUCUGCUUUAAAAAUAGCUUUACUUAUAGCUGUGCUAUAAACUGUAAGUUGUUUUAAUACUUCAAGAAACAGGGUUGUCAUUAAAGACCAUAACCCACAACACUGACCCUGGUGAGUUUACUGAAUGGUACACAUACCAAAAAAUAAGUUAGGAAAACAUUAUGGUUGAACCUAGAUCUACAAUAUUAAUCAUGCUACAUGUAUAGCUGCUUCAAAAUAAUAUUAAUGACAGCCCUGAAGACUUCUUAAUAAUUAUUUUAGUCUGUAAAAAAGACAGAAAUAUUUGCCUUUUUUGGGAAACACCCACUGUCUGGCAAAAUUGUGUGGUACAAUUAAGCAAUUCACUGCGGGUGCAGCAUUUGAAGACAUAAAUUAUAUGUAACAGUAUGUGUUAAAAGCUAUAGGAUUAUAACGAUUAUAAUUAAGAGGCUAGUGAUAAACAUUUCACAGUAAACAUGGUCCUUAACAUUCAUAAUCAUUUACUUAUUUUUAUGAGUGUUUUUCAUACAUACACUUGCUUAACCUGAUUACAAACAUGUAUGAAAGAAGAUUUCAAAUGCCCUUCUACAAUUAUUAAUUAGAAUAAACCUUUAUUUUUAAUUUGUCUGCCAGUCUUUUGACAGUUCGGCUACCACAGGUUUCUAAUUCCAAUUUUUAUGCCAUACAACCAUAAUCAAUUAUUCAAUAGUACAGCAUCUCAGUAAUAAAUUUAUUAUUAACCACAAUGUAUUACUUUACAUCUAAAGUAAUUUUCAUAAUUCUUUGAGAUUACUUUAUUUAGCUGCCACUUCUGCAAUUUAAAACAGCAUAAUUAUGAACCCAAGUGCAAGCAAACUACAUGUAUGUUAUAUACAUGUAAGGAAGCUGCUGUUUGUCUCAUUUACUUUUGACAUUGAAAAGUAAUUUUGAACAUGCUUUGUUUGGUAAAUCACUAAGGGCUUGUCUGUCUGUUUUUUAUGCAAAACAGUCUGUGACAUUUAUUUUUUUGAUGGAGGGUUUUGAGUUGUACAAGCUGCAAACCUUUUUUAUCAGGCAUUUCUGACCACUGCUGUUUUGUAUUGACAGCAUGUGUUUGCAUGGUUCCAUGUGUGUCUGUAUAUUAUAUUUGACUUUUAAUUUAUACUUUCCAAUAAAUUUUUAUCAUUUGUGAAAUAAAACUUUAAGGAUUUUGCUUUUGCAAUUAAUUUUUUCACUCUUCCCCACCCUUGAGGGGAGGAGAUGGAGAAGGGACAGGGUGGAGGGGAUCCGUCAUACGAGUAUGGUAAGUGCUUGUACACACUACAUAUGGCAGAAAUUAAUCGGAAUUCAUCUCAUAAUAUAAUCUUUACCAUUAUUUGUAGUAAAUUAAUGAAGGGCUUAGUGCAAAAAAGUCACUUUUGCUUGAAAUAUGUGACUUUUUUUUUCAGUCAAUUUAAACUCAGGUCAUGUGUGUGGCUUUUUAUGCUCCGCUGUUUUCUGUUACUUUUCAAAAUAAGCUGUGAAUGCCAAUUUGCAUGUAGCAUCUUUGACUUAUUGUGAACCAGUCUCCUUCAGUUUUAUAGCUUAUAGUUCCAUUGAAUUAUGGCCAAUUUUUUAUAAUAUAAUUAUUACCUAUAUGUGAGCAUUGCCUGUUGAUUGAAAGCCAUCAGUAAGCCUAGAAAAUGACAUUAAAUUUGUCAAAGUAUUUCCUAUUAAAGAAAAUGAGUGGUCUGCUUAUAAGUGGAGGCAACAAAUCAAUUUGAAUGGAAGGAGUGAUCCUAGGGAGAGAGACAAUUCAGGUGGCUUAAAACAGCAUGAAAAUCUGCUAAGUGCUUUCUAUGUUGAAAUUGAAAAUUGGAGCUUAAAUAGUGUCCCAGCCUUUGAGUGUAAGUGAGGCUGAGGUUGACCUUGUUUUGAUAUAAACCUCUUUCCUUUUCUUAUGGAAAUUAUGUUUAAAAAAUACCAGUUUGCAUAAAGAAAACAUGAUUUACAUAAUAGAGCACUAAGGGUUGUAUCAAAACAAGGUCAACUCUAGCCUGCAGUGCAGGCGUAUUUUGGGUGGGCGAAACGUUGUUCGUGUUGUAGCCGCCAUCUUUGAUUUUAUAACAGUGGAAGAUUGGGGAGAGUAGAAAUAGUAAACCUUAUGGUAGGUGUGAGGGCGCCCCCUCCCCGCUCCCUUUGACUUGCCCCAUUUCCCCCUCUCUUUGGGAAGUUUCAACAUGGCGCUUUCGCGAGCAAAUUGCGCGCUCAAAGAAAAUGCCUGCACUGCAGGCUUAAGGUCAACUCCAGCCUCCACCAGUAACUGUAAAAUGACCUAUUUCAGUUCCAUCUUGAGUGUUAUAUUCUUUAUCUAAUUUUGUCCUGAGGUCAAUUUAAUCAAACUUUUAGAAGCGUUAUAUACAUAUGUAAACAAUGGCUACUCUUGUAAAUUACACUUGUAAGAGCUUUAUUAAAUUGAGCCCUGAUGGCCAUGGGUGCUUGAAAAGUUUAGCUUCACUUCCAAAUAUGCAUUGCAGGCUAUUCUAGGUCAUGGUUUAAAAUUUGUAAUAUUCAGACACCAGGCUCUCUACUGUUAACUCAUAUAACCAGAGUUUUAAAGACACUGAUUUUGUUUUUGAUAAAAAUUAAAUGUAAGUGAUAGUAUUUUUUAAGAGUAGCAGAAAAAAAUUGGUAUGCUCUAUCAUUUAUUCCAUAAUUAUUUUAACAUUUUUCCAAAUGCCAGUAGUGAAAUGUGUAUUUCUAGUACAUGGACACAACAUUUUGUAGAAGUUCUAACCUCAUACCGUCAACCAGAAACAGUGUAUUAUGCACCUGCAUCAAAAAACAGUAUACUGUUAGCUGCAUACUGCUAGCAGCAGGGUGCCAGAUUUGUCCUUGAUUUCAAUUCACUUCAAAAGAAGGUCAAAUACAUAAAGAGGUCUUAUCUGCAGUUUUGGCUUUCUACAAAGCUUUUCAUCAAGAAGUUAAUUAGCUGAAACAAUGGGGUAAGCAAAGAUAAAAGUAGACUCUGGGUUCACCAUUUACACGUUAAUUUUAUUUCAGGUUUGAUAACGCGCAUGUAGUUUUUAUUUUAUUGAUUUCACCUGCCUAAAAUCUGAAAUUCAAGUCCUCUUUUUCUGCUUUCUUUAAGAAUCUCAUAAAAAUCGAAUGUUUUGCAAUCCGUUAGACUAUUCUAGCUCUUUGCUCACUGCUGUUGUUCGAGACUAAGCUACAUGUAGACUACAUAAAACACUCAUAAUUACAGUGUCUGAUUGAUAUUGAAUCAGAUUAAGCAUUAAAGCUGUUGUGGACUUGUGAAUUUUAUCUUGCUGUGUUACCUCACUCUGGUGUUUGUGUACAGCAGUGAUUGGAUUCCUUUUUAUUGAAGGCUAAAGUUAUGCUGCCAUCAAUUUUUUUUUUCACUUUAAUAUUGGAAAGAGCUUGGUAAAUUAAUUUGCCAACUCACUGGAAUUAUAUCUUUUAGUACAGAAAAGUACUCGGCAUGUUUUGUGUAUAAAAAGACCAUGUAAAUGCUGAGUCUUUUUUUUGUUUAGAUUUUUGCUCAACUAAAAACAUUGCAUGUGCAUGAAGUUUUUGAUGCCAUUUGAGUUGACUAAUCCUGGAAUUGCUGCAGUCAGCUAGGGAAAAGUUAGGAGGAAACAAUAAUUGUUUUUCCUUGAAAGAACUUUGUUUUAAUUAUUUAAAGUUCUUUCAAGGUCAAGGAAAAAUCGGUGAAAAUCUUAUGUUCUAGACAAAGUCACCAUUCUGCAAGAUGUCAGGAAUUUAUUAAUUUUUUUUCAUCUUAGAUACACCUAGGUUUUAUCACACUGUUAAUCUAAAAAAAAUGUUGCUGUUGCAGAGUGAAAAUGUUGUGAAGAAUAUAAUAAUAUUCAUGGUGUGCAAAUAAAAUGUGAAGUUAUGCCAUGCAAAGGUCAAUGAAAAUUAGAGGUCAGGGAUUGGCAAUUUUUUUUUUUCAAAUUUAAUUCCAAUGAAAAGCGUCCCUGUGAUUAUACACAUGCUUGUUUUAUCAUCAUCAUCAUCAUCAUCAUCCUCUUUCAACUGCUGCUCAGGUGACCACAGUUUUACCACACUUGGUCCAGUCUGAGGCCAUGGCUGCUAUUUGUGGCACUUGAGGGUUCCCUUGUUUUGCACUGCGCAUCACCUACAUGCAUUGCACAGAACAUUGCGACAUCAAAGGUGGCCGAUGUACAGUAGAUAACAUCUAAAAAACUUAACACUACAGUUAAGUUGUACAGGUAAAGACAUAUUGAGGAUAUAAAUGAGUAUCAUUCAUUACACUUACAUGGGUUGCCCUUGCAAGAUCAUUGUAAUACUUCUGAAAACUCAGUUCAGGUAUUCAGGUUCAUCAGUUCAAGGAUGUUAACAAAAUAGUGGCACCAUGCAUCCCUAAACUGAUGAUGGAUGUACUGAUGUUUCUUAAACAUGUGUUUUGAAACUGAAAUGUUGUGUUGUAGUUUUAAUGUUUCAAAUUCCCUCUUACUGCUGUGGAAUGUUUCAAACGUUUAUUAAUUCAUUUUUAGGCAAUAAAACUACUUCUAAUUAUAGUAGUAUUUUUAUUGCCUGAGAAUGAAUUGAUAAAUAAAAAUAACAAUAUAAUAGAAAAUGAUUAAUAUGAAGGCAUUUUUUAUCAAGUAUUAAGUGAAUUGCAAUAAAUAAGGCCUCAAUCAGCAUCAUUUUGACUCAUGCAACAAAGUAUAGGAGUUGGGUGGGUAUAAGUUAUGUUAUUCAUUAUACCAAUAGUGGAAUACAAUUAUUGAUAAUAUUAAAAUUCAAAAAGUAACUGUAAAUUUGCCUUUUACAAAAUCUUGUGAAGUUGUGCAUCUAAAGUGAAAUAUUAAAUCUUAAAAUUAAUACACGUAUAUUAUGUUAUGCAUGAAAAGUAAUUGAUGAAUUCAAACUGCUAAAAUAAAUAUCAAUUUAACAAGUAAAUGGCAGAUACGUUACGAUAAUAAAAAUGUUAAAAACCUUAAAAAUAGCAUAAACUAGAAGCUCAUGUACAAUAUUCACACAUGAUUUGCAACCAAUAGCUGUUUGAUUAUUAGUUAAUCUACAACAAUAAUAUUAUGAUAAAUGCAACAACAGCUAACAUCUGCAAAGAUCUUAUAUCAGAGCUACUGGUAAGUCUUUGUCAUUGGAAUAAUUAUAUUUUUUUAACGAGAUGCCCUCUUACCCUGCUGGUUCAUAGAUGAACUAAAAACAUGUACAAUCCAUAAUGUUCAAAUGUAUAGCUAUCUGGUCAUACUCCCCAAGUUGGGGAUUUUUAGAGUGGUUAUGUUUUACGUUUAUGAUAUGUUACUUAUUCAGAUUUAUGAUGUCCCAACCAGCUUGAUGAGUAGAGUGUAUUUAUUCAUUAAUUAUAAUCUUUCCUUUUCCCUCCUUUAAUUAAGCUUCAGGUUUGGGGGAACUACAGAACGUGGGUCUGUGUUAAAAUGAUGAGGCUCCCUGUAGUGGCUUGGAGGGUGGUUUUUUGUAGAUGUACAAUUUAAGUGCUCCUAGGGAUUUCUGCAUUUCUUACUCAUGUAAUCUUAAGUAAGGCCAUUUGCGUACACUUCCCAUAUCCUCAGUACCUCAAUCUCAAGACAGUUGUUAUACAGUUAAAAACCUAAUUUUUCUAACCAUUUUGGGAAAAGCAAAUUCAUUGGUUCUGAUUAUCAGGAGGUUUGAAAAAUUCAGGGUAAAAUUAAGGUGUGUGACUGGUGAUGGGACGUUAGGUUAGGAUUGAGUAAUCAGGAAUUGUGGAAAAAACCGAGGGUUUUGAGAAAUCAGGAUUCUACUCGUGUUUUGAAAGUUUACCAGUGUCUUAAAGUUGCACACUUCUUACAGCUGGGAUUCCAAUGUUAAUCUUAAUCGUAAUCAUUAUUAUCAUCAUUGUCAUGUAUGACAUUAUAUGGUUUAGCAAAGAUGAACAUAAAAUAGAAAAACAAACACAAACAAAAGAAGGUGAACAGAAAAAAAAAUUGCUGUUAUUUUGCAGGUUUCAUGGGUAUGUGUUGUGUGCCACAAGAAGCAGGAAAUGCUCACCAAAACUGGGAACUGGUUUGGUUCAUUAACUUCAUCCAGUGAAAAACCAAAAACAAAUCACUCUGACUCACUAGGAAGUGACUUUAGGGCAAUCACAACAGAGGAGGACAAACGAGCCAUGAAGCGGCAAGGCUCACUUCAAAGGUCAGAUCCUGCCAGGGGUGGUGGGAGACGGAAAGAUGGGAAUCGUUUUCGUAGACCAUCAGUAUCUGAUGAAGAGAUGGAUGACACACCCCCUGGGAGUCCAGCAUGUCUGAGUGAUGAUGAGCUUUACAGACCUGAUGAAAAUAGAGUUAGAAGAAAAGUUGUCAAAUUUAAGGGACAUGAAGAGGUAGACCAUGCUCCUCAAGGCCGUCAUCCGGGUGCAAUGCAAAAUAGGCCAGGCCCUAUGAACCAAGGACCAGGUAGAGGACUUGUAAUACCUGGCCAGGGUCCAGGAAUAAGACCAGGGCAGCCACAGCCACAGCCCCAGGGGCUAGGGCUCAGACAUGGGGCACCUCAAGGAAGGGGAAUGCAAAUGCCAGGGAGCCAGCCUAGUAUGCAGCCUAACAUGCCUCAUCAGCAGCCAGGAUCAGGUUUUACUCCAGUAGGACAUCCUGGAACAUCUCCUUCUGGUCGUGCAGGUUUUUCGGGACCCCAACAGCCAAGUCCCAGGGGUGGAUUGCCACCAGGACAACCCAGACCUGGCUUUGGAGGGAAAGGUCCUUCAGGACCACAGCAACAGAGAUUUCAGGCACCUCAACAAAAUACUGCUGGCUAUGGCAGAGGAAUACCUCCUGGUAGUCAUCCUGGGCCACCUGGCCAGCAGCAAGGUCUGCCUGGGCAGUCUAGACAGCAUGGUGCACCUGGUCAACCUGGGUAUGGCAGAGGAGGACCAACUAGGUCACAACCUACUACUCAGUAUAAUUUGGGUCCUAGGCCAGGUGCCUAUGGACCAUCAGGACCAAGACCACAGGCUGGGUUUCCUCCCAAUCAUGCUGGUGGCCCACAGGCACCAGGGAGCCCUAGACCUGGUGAUCGCAUGGGACCUCAUCAAGGUGCAAGAAUGGGUGGUCCUCCAGGUAUAACACAGAUGGGACAGGUGCAAAUGGGACCCAGGCUUGGUCCUGGUGGACAGCCCCGACAUGGUAUGCCAGUAGAUCAACAGGGUGGGCAACACCAUCAUCCAGGACAGCUGGGUUCACCAAGGCAAGCUCAAGCCCCUGGGCAACUAGGUUCACCAAGGCCAGGUCAAGCAUCUGGUCAGUUAGGCUCUCCAAGGCAAGGGCAGGCCCCUGGUCAAUUUGGGGCUCCAAGACCGGGAGUCCCAUUAGGUCAACAACAAAAAGGACAGGUUGGUGCACCACGGCCUGGACCUCCAGUUGAGCAAAGUAGGCCCCCAGUUACAAUGGGUUCUCCAAGGUUGGGUACUCCUAGGAACCAGUCAGGUACACCUCAGCAAGGUCCCUUUCCAGGUCAAGUACAAGGCCACAGGGAUACAUCACCCAAUCAAACAAGAGCACAGUCAGGGCCAUCCCCACAGGAUCCAGGCUUGGGACAUCCUAGAGGACCCUUUGGUAGCCAACAACAAGGGCCCCCUAUCGACCAACCAAAAGGACAGUAUGGGUCUUCUCAGCAAGCGCCAGUGAUGGACCAAGGUAGGCCCAGAUUUGGUUCUGCAGAGAGGGGUUCAAUGGGAGAUGAGCCAAGGCGGCAACAGGUUCCAGAUGCCAGAAAUGGUUACAGUCCUGAUUCUCAGAGCAGUGAGUUUCGCAGGUAGGGCGUUUUGUAUAACAUUGUGUUUUGAAAUAUUCAUCUUGGUACAUCUGUUAUACUACUACAUGAGAAAUUUCAGCAACUUGAUUGGAGUGGUAGAGCAGUGGUAUUUCAGCUUAAUUUGAAAUACCUAUGCGUGAAAAUUACAAAGCUUGUGCAGGUAGUAGUAUGGACAAAUAAUAGCAUGAUUUGUAUGUGAUAUUUGGCAUAAAUACCACUAGUAAUAUUUCAAAAUUGAGUGGUAUUUAUGUCAAAUAUCACUACAAAUCAUGCUAUUACCUAUACUAUGAAAUUGAUGAGGUCUCUUACUUUUAUUGUAGUGGUAUUAUUCAUACAACUUGUUAUAAAACACAACACUUUUAUUCAUACUUUACUUUUUAAUGAACAUUUCUUUCACUGGCUUUUCAAAGUGCCACGUAGCUUACUAAAAAUUUUUCCUGGAAUUAAAAUAUUAAGGGAAUCAUAUUUUUUUCUCUGUUCUUUACUGUAAUUUUUUGUUAUUUGUUUGUGCAUACAGUACUUUGUAAUGGGGUGAAAGCAUUAGUGGUAUCUCAAAAUAUAAUUCCCACAUCUUGUUUUGUAAUAAUUCCUAUCAAUCUAGUUGUAAAGUCUGAUUUAGUUUAACUGCUGAGCACUCUUAUAGUCGAUGAAGACAUCACUCUUGUAAGUCUCCAUUGUAAUAAAAUAUCUAUACAUACAUGUAUCUUUGUACAGUUGUUUGUUGUUUUCAUGUUUAUUAAUAGCAAUUAAUUAAAAGUGUAUGAUGGCUAUCAUUUGGAUAACAUAUCUCAGUAGUGUUUUAUCCUAGACACACCUGCUACGGGUACUACAUGUAUGAUAUGCAUAGCUUCAUAAUAUAGUUUAAAUAAUCUGGGUAAGUCUUCUCACACAGAAGUGAUAUGACUUUGUUUAAAAUGCCUCAUUCAAAGGUUUCCAGAUCAAAGUGCUUCUAGUACGCAUCAUCGUGUAGACAACAGAAAUGGAGUAAUCCCAGAUGGUUCUCAUGUAAAUGAUAAGAUGGACCCGGUAAUUUCUAACAGACAUGACAGACCAGAUACUGAUGAACAGCUGAUGCAACAAUCUGCAAGACCUUUUGUAAACAGAUCAGGGUACCAUGAAGGACGGUCUAAACCCUAUGGAGAUGAGAUGGAUGGUUUAAGAACUCCUCCUAGCAAAAUCUCUUUGGAUGAUUCCAGGGACAAGGUAGGAUCAGAGAUUUUUCAGGAAAUAUUUUGUCUACUUUAUCUAAUGUGCAUAUAAACAAUUAUUGAGUUAAAGGGAAGAGAAUUAUGGUUACUCAGCUAAUAGUCAUGCAGUCUUACUUUUAACAAGUGGUUUAUGUCGUAAGUCUUCUUUUUUUACAAACAACUUGUGAUGUCAAAUAUGCCAUUUCAGUCCAGGAAGCUGAAAGUACGUAUUGAAUGUACUGUAUUUACAUCUCCUCAUGGAGACAAGACCACCAUUACCACGGGGUAAUCUGAGCUAUGCAAAGGUCUAGCCAUUUACCCCAGGCAGAAGCUUCAUCUCUCAGUUAAGUCCCUGAGUAUUGGUCUGGCCCCAGGGAUCGAAUCUGCAGUCAAGUGCUCUUCCAACUGAGUUUUUUGUGUUGUCAGGUCCAACCCACCACAGCAUUAUACCUGUAAAUUACAAAAAAUGAUGCCAAGCAAAGUGGUCAAAAUAAGUGCCAUGACCAUUAAAGGCUUUAGAAGAACCACCUAGGAACUAGUUAUAUAAUUCAUUGGCUAUAAUUUAUGAGGUUGUGGACAUCUUAUCAAGGGCAAGGUUGUUUAUACAUCUUCAAGCACCAUAGCAGUAAUCAGGGUGGUCUAGUGGUUAGCUGCUGGAUUGGGACCCACCCUUACCACUUGCUAGAUAUGUUCUUUAAGUCCCAAGUUCAAAUCCGCAGUCAUGCUUAUAAAUAGCCAGUUGGUUGCCUCCAGUUGGGAUUCUCAGCCCUGUAUAUUUGUUACGUUUAUUUCAAUAAUUACAGCGGUAAAUGUUAUAGUUGUUUUCUAGUCUCAACAGCUAGCAGCCCUUUGCCUCAAAAUUCUUCGUAAACAUCUAUCUUUCUUAGAACUGUCUACUGAAGAAAUUGCUUAUUAAAAACGUUCACUAGAAAAUAUUUUUUGAACUUGCAAGUUCUGAGUCCGUUCACAUUUUGUGAGUGUUAUUGUUGAGCCAUAUCAUCCACAGUUUAUGUCCUGGAAUAUAGGAAAAUUGUUUACUGCCCUUAAAAACUGCAAACUAGGUGCCUUUCAGAUCUUUUAAAAAUUUCUUAAAUUGGCUCUGUCUUCCAAAAAUUUAUUGUUAGGUCUUUCUCUGUGAUGAGUUGAAUGAUAAUAAUUAUGGUUAUGGUUUCAUUUUAGAGUGUAACAAUGGAAAUAAAAUGGAUAAAAACUGUACUUAAUUUUCUUACAUCUAAACAGAAGAGUCCUGAAUGUUUAUCCUACUAUGCGGUGAAUUUUUCUCUUAAUUAAACUUAAAUUGAGUGCCUCAUGUAGUGAAAAAGAGAGUCAAUUUCCAAAAACAAUAGGACAAAAAUAAGAACGAUCAUACAAAAACAAUGUGCUAUAUCUAUGUUGGUGAAAUUAAAUUAUGAUGAAUAAAAUGUAGCUCUGGAAGUUAUUCCAGUGUUUCUUUUUACAUGUCCACUGAAAGAACUGUAAAGUUUGUUUCAUUGGUUUCACCCUUGCCACAUAGUUUCAUUCUUUAAUUUGUUACUGUGAAUCCAAAAGGUUGGAGGCUUAAUCAAAAUAAUGUAAUAUUCAGUAUAAACAUAUUAUUAGUUAGAUAUGUGUUAUACUUCAAGCGAAAACCUCCUGAUCUUCUUGUUCAGGGGCCUCAGGCUUGUUGGGUAGACAAGUAUCGGUAAUAGCUUAAAAUGAUUUCAAACCACUUUUAAGGAUUUCAGCUUGGAUGAAAUGGUUUCUGCCUCUGUCGGGUUCUUUACAAGUGGGCUUGUAAAUAUUAACCCAGGUUAAACUGGUGGGUUAAGUUGAGCUGUUUUAAUUUUAUUUUGCUUCUAUAAAUCCUUGUCAGAUGUUUGACUCACUAGUGAGAAACUAUUUAUUUUUAAAAGUGAAGGAAUUGUAGUCAGCUGCUGAGGUUUCAAAAGAAAACCAAAACUUAAUAUGGAUAUCAUUAGAUCUGUUUCAAACUAAUUGUGUUAAUUUUGUAGAGCUUUACAUUGGCUCCUAAAAUUGGUUAUUGAGAGUGCCACAACUAGAAUGGCUUUUAGUGAUAAAUAUUUUAUUUUCUCUGUUUUUUUUACGUGAUCAAUUUAGCAGACAGUAAACGUUUAAUUAUUUCCAUGUUCAGUAAAAUUAAAAUUCAAAAUUGAAUGUCAUGAAUAAUUUAUUACCUCUACAAGAAAAUGCCUUCAGCCGGUUUGCUUUGAUUUGAUUUUUAUUGCAGUUAAUUUCUUAUUCUCCAACAUGUUCCUGGUAGGAUAUUAAUUGAAACUUUCGGCUCAAUUACAAAUCGUUGUCACACGGAAUCAUAGUAUUGUUUUCAUGCCGGUUUUAUGCCACUGAAAGCAUUUUCUGUUUCUUUGAUCUGACUUGAUCUAUUCUGACUUCUUUAGAGUAACCUGUUCUUCAAAGAUGACCCUCCUUCUCCUCAAGAUCGAGGCUCCUUGGGUGAUAGGUUUGUUAGUGCCUUGUCAAUCAAGAGAACUACUUCUCCUGUAUCUUCUUCUGCUCCUUCUACUUCCUCUGCGAUCACAUCUUCCGUCACGGCUGCAAGCUCUAUAAAGCAGUCAGAAGUUGCUUCUUCUGUUGAGGAAAACAAAGACCCCUCACAGGUUCGCUGUUCAGUGCCUUUUCUACUCAAUGGCAAUAUUUAUAUUGGUGUACGGUUAAUUCUCUAAGCAUAGCAAGUAUCAAGCUUACUUUUCCUUGCUUUCUUACUCUGUAGUCAAGUAUGCAGACUAUAAGAAUAAUGAUUCUUUCCCUGUAAGAUUCAAUUAUGAGGAGAUGUGCAUGUAAUAUAAUAUACACUGUAGCUCGUUUGUUUGUGGGCUAAACCCUGCCAUGUGACCAUUCAAAUGAAAACCUAUUCAGCACAGGGGCACCCAACGAGAAUAUAGUUCAAAACCACUUAAACAUAGAAUUGUUAAACGUAUUUUAGUAUUUAAACGGUAGAUAUAGGCAUAUUUUUAUCCCCUGAAAAUUUUUCAUCUGUUCGGAUUUCCUAGCUGAAAGUCAAGUGAUCCGAAAAUUAUAGGGAUCAAAACUUACCUUUUCGAAAAUUUUAGCCAGAAAAAAGGCUCCCGAAAAUUCUAGGUGACCUUUUUAGGGUAAAAAUCCGUUAAAAAUAGGCAAUUAUACCAUUUUUUAGAUGUCCGAAAAUCCUAGGAGAGGCAGGCAAUUAAGAAAUUUUACAACAAAUGUUCCGAAAAUUCUAGAUCUCAAAUCGUCUUCCGAACAGAUAUUUUUCCGAAAAUUGUCGUUGGGUGCCCCUGUCAGCAGUCCUUUCACAUGGUGCUUUCGGUGUUUUGGUAUUUGCAAAAUGAGGUUUAGAUUUUUUUUUCAUAUGUAUGUGGACAAUCAAGGAAAUUUAAGAGCCGGCUAAAGGAACCUCUAAGAUCACCUGAAAGAUAAACUGUAUUGGUGUUUAAAAAAUUUUGUUUCCCCACUAGCUUGCUGUAGGCACCAUAAAAGGAGUACAAAGCCUAGUGGGAACUAUUCUUUUUAACUCUGAGUACAUCCAGGAUUAUUUUGAAACGUUUUUGUGAUCAAUGAUUAUUCUGCCCUUCUUUUACUAAUGAGUACCAUGAACGAUAACUAUAAAUUGCAAAACAGUUUGUUUUAAGAUACGGUAAGUAGGUUAAAUGUCUUGAACGACGGUAUUUUAUUGGCUCUUUUUAAUUGAAAGUAUAUCUUAGUUAAAUUUAUGCUGUGGUUCAAAUUUUUAUUUUGACCUGAAAUUUUUUAAAACAGCAAUAUGUUUAUCUCCCUUUGUCUAAGAUUAUGCAUGGCGGGUUUAAAAUGGCCGGAGAACAAGCAGACAAAAAUUGAAAAAAUUCAAACCAAAGAAACAUUCUAGCUGCAACAGAUAUUGUCUUUGUUAAACGCGAAGUGUAUUCUAUACCAUUCCGUUCGUGUUUUACGUUAUUUUUAUAGCCUGCAUCGCAAAUAAUGUUCUCACGAUUUUCUUUUUACUUUUCCUUUCCUUGAGAGAAAUUCUAACACCCCCCUUACUGAUGCAUUCGGGGACUGUACACCUCCUGAAACUCAGACGUUACAUUCCAGGAAAACCUCUGUUCCGUCUUUCUUGGAAUUCAAACAGUUGCAAAAUUCUGCUGCGUUAGUUGGGCUGAUGAUCUGAGGUGUUACUUGUAAGGGCCGUGGUUAAUUUCGACGUUUAGUAGGUUCAUUUUAAUAGCGGUUGUAAGAAUUGAAAAUUGGCUUCGGCUGACUACAGUCGACUCUCUCUUAACGGACACCUCUGUAAAACGGACACUUAGAGUUGGUCCCUGCCUUUCUUUACUCCCUUUGUUUGACUCUCUAUAAGACGGACAUCUCUCUAAGACGGACACUUAGUGCUGGUCCCAAAGGUGUCCGUCUUAGAGAGAGUUGAAUGUAUCACUCAAGUACCGGGAGGAUAUACUUGGUGGAAGAGAGGAACUAUAGGUGGUUUUCAUGCAAUCUCGGCAGACACAAAUAACAAUGGUGAAAUGAACAAAUGCUGGUGGACAAAUAAAGCGAGCUAAUGAGCGAUCUUUUGUUUACCGUCCACCAGCAUGGCGGCGGUGACGUAACGUGAAAACCACUUAUUUCGUCGUCUAAGGAUGAAGCUCGUUAAAUGGACCUUUCUUUUACUUUUCUUUUCUUUUUUUUUCAGUCUUUAGUAAAGUGGUCUCCACCUGAUGACGACAAUAAAUGCUUAGGAGAGGUGUUCCUAACGAUGGAUCCAAAACAUCGAGGAUCCCCCACUGGUAAUGUUAGAGUUUGUCAAAUAGAACUUGUCCACGAUGCCGGCCAUCUUUACACUCGCUUAAAGACUGAUGGGAAAGAAGCGAUGCCACGUGGUUUCUCAGGGGGAUAAACAAGUGAUAAAAUCUGACUCGAUACAAGAAAUGGCGGUCGAGUUUGUUCAUUCUAAACAACAAAAAAUGAAAAACUUGUCGUCUUUAAGACGAUAUUGGCAAAUUAUGGGUGGAAGUGAUCAUUCCUACUUUUUUUGAUGCAGUAGCGGCCUUAGAUGUCCUCAUAGCAAGCAGUAAUGAUAUAAAACGUGUCGAAACUCGAACGACUCGACUAAGAAAUUACUCCUAUUGGCAAAUUUUUUCUUUUGUUUGCCCCCUAAAAUACCACGUGACGUUGCUUUUAUCCCAUCAAUCUUAAAGCGCAUGCCAAGAUGGCGGGAAUCGUGAAGAAGGCGAAUCUUUCCUGACGUCAUUAUUUAUAUUUUUCCUCAGUAGCAUACGACUUAACCCAUAGAAAGCUUUGCCUUAUGAACAAAUUAUGAUCAAAAGUUGAAAGAGCUGGUUAAUUUCAGCCAUUUGUGAAAGUGAAAGGUGAAAGUGCCUAAUUUUACUUUUGUCGAGGACGGGAACACAAGACAACAACUUUCUUUUUCUUUUCCUGAACUUUGAUAGACUACGAGUAGUCCCCAUUUUUCCUCAGGGAUAGUAGAGCGAGCGAAACGACACGCCUCUCUCUCCCCGCCGCGUGUCGCCUUUACUCGCGUGGGGUGAUUUUCACGCGCGCUCGCGUUUCGCUUGCUCUACUACCCUUGAGGAAAAAUGGGGACUACUUGUAGUCUAGAACUUUGAUAGAGACCUUUAGCAGUCAACUCCGGAAAAAUUUGCCAACACGAAUUAAACGAGAAAGAAUAAGUGCGAUAAAGUUUGAGUCGCCGUUGGUUGUUGCUUACCCUAAUUAGGUCCCUAAUGUUAAUAUUUCAGACCCUUAUGCCAUGUAUGGUCUGAAGGUGAUUGGUGGAAAAAUGACAGAUGACGGCAAACUAGGAGCGUUUGUCACUGAAAUAAGAAAGGGAGGUCCAGCUGAUAGACAAGCACAACUGCAGACAGGUAGAAAUUAAAUGAUAAUGCCUACUCUCUAGAUGAUAAAAAGUGCAGUAAGGAAUCGCCUGUGUUUGUUUGUUCCGUUUUAUCAGUGAUUUUCUGCCCGAGCAUUAGCAAAAUCCUUUAUUUAGCGAUGUGGUAUAGGCUGCAUCAAAGUGGACAAAUGACAGCAUAACGCCAAGAAAUCGGCAUAUAAUCGCCGGAAAUUCGCAUCAAAAGAACCAAAACUGCUCCGCAAACUUUUACUUGACAGAUACAUGUAGUUAAAAAUUACUUUAAGAUUUUAUUCAAUUGCUGGUAAAUAGAUGUUGCUGUUUGUGGCAAACAGUAAAAAUGUGAACUGCGGAAGUACGAAUUUAUUAUGACCAUCGCGGUGUAAUACCAGCAAUUUGAGCAUGUCUCAUUCCUUUCACUGGUUAAAAUGAACUCAACAAAUUAGUCUGUUCCCAGUGAACGAGUCUUCAUCGCUCAGUUACUGUAGGACUAACGCAGAAGCCAUGAUGGGUUCGAAUUCCUCUGAAGCCCUGAAUUAUUUGGGUUAACUUUAAAUUGCUUCAAUUACACUGCGACGAUCAUAUCUUUAUUUUAAUUUACUUCAGACAGUUAUAAUCCGUUAAUUUGUUUUUACAGGGGAUGAAAUUCAGGAGUGGAAUGAGCAGUCACUAGUGGACUGUACUUUUGAAGAAGUUGUAGAAAUUAUAAACUCUUCCAUGGAAGACAAUCAAGACAGUAAUGAACUUCAUCUGAUUAUCUGCAGAGAUAAGUAAGACACCCAGUUAUAGACAACUAUUACAUUGAUGACAUUAUGCAGUGACUGAAGCCGUGAUGGCUACCACAAUAUUAGAGAGUUUUAGAUCCGAGUUUACCGCAAACCUCUAACCGCGGUUUGCGGUUACCCGUUUGCGGUUCGACGUUCAAACAUAAUUCGAUUUAGAUUGGCGGUGGAUUAAACAAGUGGAUUCUGGUUUAUUAUUCCAUUUAGAAAUAGAAGAAAAAUUAAUCAGUGAAAAUAAAAGAAAUUUACGCCAACACUGGGUUAUCUAGCAGCAAAGAGCUGUAAAUUCUUACAUUAGUUCUUCUUGCAAUUUUACGGCCGCCAUUUUGAAUCAGCAGCCAUGAAUGGCACUUGUUUUCAAGAUCCAAUAGGAUUUAUCAAAUUUAGCAUCUCGCCCGAAUUUGUGCCUCUGUUAAUGUAUAAAGACUUGCUCCACAAGAUUUUUGUAUCAUUACGUGGGAUGAAACAAUAAUUAUACGCUAAAAGCUUUCAGGUAAAUGACAUACGUGAAAACCCAGCUCCCCACGUUGAAAACGCACGUUGUAAACCUCAAACGUGACGCGAAAGACUUGUCACGUGACCUCCAGCGGUUAGAGGUUCGCGGUAAACUCGGAUCUAAAACUCUCUAUUGUCUAAUUUCAAACUCAGGGAUCUGGGUACGAGUCCGUUUUAUUAUGAGAUAAACAACACGCGACCCGCAAGAUCAGAAAGAGGAAAGGGAGAUGUACAAUAUUCUCAAGUUUGGUGUUUAUUCGGCCUAUACGGAACGAGAUACAGCUAUUCAAAGACUCAAAAAUUACUAAGAAAUAUAUCAGACGUUCGGAAGGUGUGUGCGGCAACCCACGUAUCUCUUGGCAAAUUUUCAAGUUUUUAAAUAGCUGUAUCUUGUUCGAUCUUGGCCCCAUUGACACCAAUCUUGAGAUUUUUCCUGACCGCAAUGUGCUCUUUCUUACUAUGUGGGUCUCGUAUUGUUUAUCCCAUAAUACACGAACUCGUAUUCAGCCCGCCUUGGUUUGAAAUUAGGCCAUGCGCGCCACUACGCGCUUCUUACACGCUGGUCCUCUGAAUGCAAGCUUUGCUCUUCAUGCUCAGAUCGGAUAUUUUUUCCACCGAUUUCUUAAAAGGAUUUGUCAUAAUUGAGCGCAACAUCCUCCCUAAAUAUCAGCUAAACUUUAUAAAUCUGGAUAUGAGCUUUUCUGACGGACAGGCUGGCUCCAGCAGCUCGUGUCGAUCGUUCUCUGUCCUCGUGGAGUCACAUCCAAAGAGGUGUCCCACAGGAGACUAUUCUGGGCUUAACUGAUCCAUAGAAAAUUUCAUUAUCAUGAAUAAAUUCUUACACAGGCUGUUGUACGUUAUUUUAUACGUAAGGACGGCAGAAAGAAGAGGAUGGCCAUACGUUUGUGUGUGUGGUUUUAUUAUAGUUAUUGAAAAUAUAUUUAUCAUGAGAAAUUUGACCGAUAUGCUUAGAACGGUGGAAACCGGUGUGGAUCCGCACCUGUGCGUGAUGUUUUGUCGUCAUCUUCACUUGUUAUUGUGGUGUCUUACCAACACACACAAACACGUAAAAUAACUCUUGUCAUACUGCCCUUUGAAAUAAACCUAGCGUGAUUUGUAGCGUUAAGAGGCGUACUUGAAACACGGGCAAAUUGUAAAUUGUAAAUAUUGUAAAUAUCUUAUUAUCCACUCCCCUCAGGGCUUUUCAGGGAUAAUUUACAACACUGGUUGGGGGACUUUGCCAGACUGCUUAAGGUGCAGUUUACAAGUACUGAAGGAAUGAGUGAGGAUGCCCCCAUACAUGAGUGUGAAAGUGAGAUAGACCACUACACCGGGCACUACGUGCCCUACUCUUUACGAAGAGUGUGUAGGUUCUUUAACGCCCCACAGAUUUAUUACAUGUGCAAGGGCUUGUGAGACGGGGCCUACGGUUUAUCGUCCUUAUACGAGAAGACUAGAAAGUCUAACCAUUUGCACAUGUUAUUACAAAGGCAGCACUUUCUCCUCAGUUAUUUAAAGACCCUGAGUGUUGGUCCGGCCGGGGUUUGAACCUACGGCCUCCCGCUCAGCAGACCGGCGCUCUCCCAACUGAGCUAACCGGGCGGCGGUUAGGAUUUGAACCUGACAGGUCUUGUUCCUCAUCCUGGUGGUCUACUAGCUAAGCUAACCAAGUUGGUAAUUUUCUCAUUUCAGGAGUAAAUUUCCAUCAAAGAGGACCCAUUCACCUGUAAAGUCACCAAGAGGACAGGAAGUGAGGCGGGAAUCUCCAAAACAGGUCCCAAUCAGUGAAUCCCCGACAAAGCGUGAGCAGCGCGUGUCACCCUCCACAGGGCCCGUGUCACUGCAACAGGACAGAAGAUCCCUAGACACAUCUCCAUCGACACAAAGGGAUAACACCACAGGAACACCAACAUCAAGGGAGAAUGGGAUCCCUCUGACUGGAAAAAAUGAAUCGUCAUCUUAUGAACCAGCAGGUUAGUCAGAAAUUAGCAUCAAAUCAUUAAACAGUUUCACUUUAAAAGGGUUGUGUUAUGGCUGGCCAGUAGAUUUUGUGCAAGCUUUGUUUUUUCUCUUUCUGAUGGGCUGACAGAUUCCUGCACCACUUUCUCAGCCAAUCAGAGGUUAGAUGUGACUUUAUUGUACACGGUUUUUCGCGCGCUUGGCACCGGCCACCAGUGUUUGCGCCGAAGUUUGAUUGGUUCAAUGGCCAGGGCAAAUAGUUUUGGUUUGUUAAAGAGUGCACUAUCUCCAAGCUUAGUUAAGAUGACAUGUAUUAUCAUUUGUUUGUCUCGUUUAUUUAUUUAAUUAUUCGUUUGUUCAAGAUGAUGAUUUCUUCUUUGGUGGUGGGCCCUCACCUGAUGACAAAUCCAGCAAGUCUGUCAGGCAAGGAACCACGCCUCAGCAAGGAAAGCCAUCAAGAAUCACUGGACGAAUACAGGUAAAUUCAUUCGUCAUUGCACCGGGACGGUGCGGCUGAAAGAACCCUAAAGGGCGAACGUUGAAUUUAAACGAAAACUGCAUAUGUGAAAAAUGUGAUCGCUUCUUCUAAAGAUCAUUUACCAUGUUAAACGGUAAAAAGAUCAAAGGAAGAACGAAAAGAAGGUGACCAACGGUCUGUUAGUGCUACCAUUUCAGCUAAGUGUGCUGGAAUACAGUUGACAUUUGUGUUUAAGAAGUCAUCUAGUUAAUUUAUACUUGGAAUUGAAUCCCGAGCAGUAAAGAAAGGGAGUGUGUAAGGAAGGGAUGGGGGACAGGCGCGGGUCUAGCCUGCAGCAAUACCGUCACACAUACCCUUAUUCUCAUCAAAUUAGUAUUUACUGUUUUUGAGUUAUUCCAGAAGGUGUGUACGUGCCAAGGGCCAACCAGAUGUUUUCAGUGGCGUCAAAACACUCCAAUAUAAAGUGCCAACAGGCGUCAAUGUUUUCUUAGUAAUGAAUUAAAAUUUAUUUUUAUGCGACGGAGCUAAGGUAUACGAAAGAUUCAAUUUAUUUAGCUUUAGCCUCAAGUUUCUUAUUUGAAGAAUGAGAAAAAUAUGUGCGUCGUUUGCACUCAUCGUUAAACGGAAGUUGACAUUCAGCCUCAAACUUCGGAGCUUCAGCCGAACGGCCAGAACAGAGCUAGAUCUUUUUCUGUUCGCGAGAAUACAGACUGGGAAAAUUUGAAAAAAAUCCUUGAUGUUUUUAGUCUCUCCUCCUUCUUUGGCCACGUUGGGAAGUAUACGAGUGCUACGAAAAAGAAGAAUAGCUCAAGGUUAACUGAUCAUUACUGCACUGUUUGUUUGACAGCUUCGACUGUUUUAUGAUGAAGAUGCUGCCAAUUUAAAUGUGACUGUUAUUGGAGGUGAAGGCUUGGCACCUAAAGAGUCCACGACCCCGCCCAACCCAUAUGUCCGGAUUUACUUUCUUCCUGAUAAAAGGUAUAGAUACUUAGGUCUCUUGUGCUUUUUGCUGAACUAAUGUCAUUGGCUUCUUUUGGUCUUUUGUUUUGUUUUUUUGCUUUGUAAAAAAAGGCUACUCAUUUGGUUAGGUUGCUGUGAGUUAAAAUGCUCGCGAUUCGGAGCUCUACAAGGCAAUUUAAAUUAAAAAUGGAGUAAAAUUGUAUAAAAUAUUAACUCAAAAUUGUGAAAUCCUGUGUGUCUUGAACACCUAAUAGUUUGUAAGUACUGUUGAUGUCAAGUUACAAUAUGGGGUUUUAGAGAACCAUUUUUGGAAACAUUUUUGACUCAAGUUUUGCGAACUGAUUAAACUUCCUAGAAGGCGUAGAAAUAGUAGGGCGCUUUAGAUUCUAAAACUAGGACGACUACGAAUACGAGAUUUUCUCAAUACUAAGUCGCACUCGCGCGUGAACCAGCGUCAUUUUGGUGGGAAAAGGUGAUUUUAGCGAGAAUAGAGAGCUUUAGAUUUGAGGACGAGGACGAGUAUGAGAUUUAACUUAAAGUUUUUGGUCGUGUUCUUAAAAAAAAGGCACCCCGGAAAGCUUCAUUUGACCUUUUUUUCGCCCCAAAAAGUUAGUACGGUUAUAUAUAGUGAUAGGGGUUAAGCCCUUUAAUCCCUCUCCCGAUAGAAAAUUAUAAAAAGCUUCUUACAUUUGAUAACUUGUUCCCGCCAAUACGACAUUCUCGCUGAAACUCUUAGUAGAUUGACGAUGGCUGGUUCGCGCGUGAGUAAUACUCAGCAUUGAGAAAAUCUCGUACCUUAAGCACUCUAAUGUCGUAAAGGAGGAAACAAGAAAGAGAAAGUUACAAGUUUAUCAUUUUGUGAUCGGGAGAGGGCUUACCUUCCUUCACUAACUUACUACUUCGCUAACUUUUUGGGUGAAAAAAAGUACAAUUAAGCUUUCCGGGAUUUCUGUUUUUUGAGAAUAGGCGAGAAAACUUGAAUGAAUCUUGUACUCGUAGUCGUCCUCGUCCUUGAAUCUAAAGCUCUCUAUUAUUACGUUACAAUAGAGCGAUUUUCGUAUGACCUUGAAAAAUGGUUUCGGUAAGUGUUCGUUAUUUGUUUUAUCAGCCAAUGGAUGAAAAGAUCAAACCAUGGACUCUUCGUUUUCCCGCCAAAGAAAACCCUAAUAUGGAGAAGGCAUUGUUUGAUUGGCCUAACCAACCAAAAGCCACGCGCUUUUGUAUCCGUUCGAUAAACCAAUCAAAUCGCUCUCGUCCGUUCGUUUGUUGUGUCUGUUUUGUUCGCGCGUUUUUAUUUCAAGGUCAUACGAAAAUCGCUCUAACAAAGCCAUAGGACGUUGACGUUUUAACCUUCGCGUAUUUGGCUACUCUUAAAUCUACGCCUUACUGACGUGAAAAAUAUAUAUAUGUUAUCUUUCCUAAAGUAUAUUUUUUACUUUAGUAUGCAGAGUAAGCGCCGAACUAAAACUGCUAUGAAGUCAAUGAAUCCUAGAUGGAAUCAGACUUUCGUGUAUCCUUGUAGGCCUCAAAAGGUGAGAAAAAUAAUGUUUUUUUAUGUUUGUUAUAUUAUAAAAUAAUUCUGGUAAGUGGUUAACAGAUUGCAUUUUCUUUAUUCUUUAGUAGAUAGACCACCGUAGUAUAUCUCAGUAAGCAAAUUUUGUUUUUCAGUUCAGUGGUCGAGCUCUGGAAGUCACUGUGUGGGAUUACGACAAAGUCGGGUCCAGUGAGUUUAUUGGCGAGGUAAGUGUUCCAGCUACGAUUUAAAAAUAGACAUCGUUAAACAGCGUUUGAUAAAGGUCUACAAGGCACUCUGUUAAAGAUUUACCUUUUACAGUCGAAAAAAACCUCCUUGUGCGACCACGUCUCAUACGGGUCCACCUCCGAUAAGCAACUGCUAAUCCAAAACACCAAAGUUUUUCAAAGCCUUAUGGGUGUAACUUCUCGUAAACGACCAGUUUUCAGGGUGACGGUUGGAUUUACAUUUAUUGCAACCUAAAAAUUGCAUGCAAUACAUUCUCUUCAAAAGGUAGAUGUGUCCGGACGUCCUCUCGUAAAAGACCUCCUGCCGUUCGACUCUCGUAAGCGACCACCUCCCGUAAGCGACUACUAACUCUUCGCAUUUCGGGUGGUCGCUUACGGGAGGUUGGGCUGUAUUUGCAACAUUGUUUAGCUUUUGCUGUCCAGUGCAAUCAUACCUCUUACUGAAAACAAUGUUAUGUGAAGUUAUGUUACGACCAAAUCUCAAUGGCAUUUGUUUCACUCGCUCCAGGUUGUAUUGAGUAUGGCCGAGGCGAACCUUGAUGGGAAUGGGUACUGGUACACACUGAAGAAUCAUGAAGACGAAAAUGAUCCUCUGGUUCCGCCCACUCCUAACCAGUCCCCUCACAACUCAUUUAAAUUGAAAGGGCCGAGAGGGCCUGGUGAGCCUGGAGAACAAGGUAUCCGAGAAUGGAAGGCCUCUAUAAAUUAAGAGCUCGUCUUAUUUAAAAAAAAGGAUGUAAAGGUUUAGUUUAACAGUUUUCAAAAUAAAUAAGUUCUCAACCUCUUUUCUAGUUUCUUCUCACACCUGGUCCCGUUGUUCAAACGCUGGAUAGCGGUAUCCACCGGAUUAAUCCCUACACAGCGGAUAAGUGUAACGGAAUCCAAUUGUGGUAUCUGAUGGAUAGAGAUUUAUCCAUCAGAUAGCGUUAUCCACCUUUUGAACAGCUGAGGCCUGGUGGCUGAUUUUGAUAAUCUUUGCUUUUUUGUUAAGCUGGUUCCCCUGGUUAUGGCAGUGACUAUGACGAAGAGCCCAGAUUCACACCUAAUGGACCCGCAACUAGUGCCCAGCGUCCGUACCACUCACCCGACAGCGAACUUUUAAAACAACAGCUGAUUGAUCAUCAUCGCGACAGUCCCAGGCCUCCUUUUUCUCAACCACAGGUGGUGCAAGGUAUGAUGGAACUUAUGAUAUGCUGUAAAUUGUCUAUUGAGGGCUCUUCAAGCAGGUUUGAGGGGUGGGGGCUGGAGGCUUAACAGCCGAGAGGGGACUUAUUUAAUUCAGCGAAGAUAAUUGUAUCAGUUAUCCAUAAAUCACCAGAACGCAAAGUGGAAAAGCUCAAGUACGUGAAGUUAGAGGUCGUGCAGCCGAAGAUCAAAAACAAGCCCUGGAUUUCAGCACGUGAAUGAAUCAUACCGUACCUGUCUUCACAUGAAGUGUUACAGUCUUGAUUGAGUAACAGUCUAUCAUUUAUUAAUCUUGUUGUGAAUAAUGAUUAGUGGGGGGAGGGGGGCUUAAAAGAGAAGGGGGGACAUAACAGUGCGACCACUACAACCGGGGCCACCUAGACAAAGUUGACCAAUUAGAUGACAGAAAAAUAACAAUACAUUCCAAGAAAGUUAGUUGUCAAUCAUAAUUACCGCGAAAUGAAGUCAACAACAUGGAUCGAAAUCAACCAAUUAAAACCUACAGACGUGACCUUUUGAACCCGCUGAAGAAAGCCUAUGUUUCCUGAGAGUUCCCUUAAAGUGUUGACGGAGGCGAAAAACGUAAACGUUAGUUGUAUUUUUGAGUUGCCAAGAAAUUGCUGGUAGAUAAAAAAAAUAACAGCUCAUGUCAAACAAAUACGUCUCCUGGGUGUUAUAGGUUAAGUUUCGAUUAGAAAAACAGUUUUUGGUGAAACAGUUUGCUUUCUUGAAAAACGUUUGCUAUCAAAAUUUGAAUUGUGCGCUUCUAAUAACUUAUUGUUUUUUACGAGCUGUUGAUUGGCCCACCACCAACAUUCCUGAAAUGUAUUGUUAUUUUCCUGUAAUCCAAUUGGUUAACUUUGUCUUAGUGGCCCCGGUUGCAGUAGUUGCACUGUAACUUUCUUUCCCUGAAAGGGCGAGGGGCCCUUAUUAGAGGAUUCACGGUAGCUGGAAUACAAUAAAUUGUCGCUGCUUGUUAAAGUGUUUAAUACAUACAUUUGAUUACCCAUAACGGAGUGUCUUUUUACUUGUUUUACCAUACAAAUAUUAAUACAAUACCUCUGUAUUUAACGACGGUACCACCGUGGGUAAAUGAACACAAACGCUACAAACUCUACAUCGCCAUGUACAAAACCUGAAUUACGAGGAUACCCGGCAAGCCAAAGCGCUUGGCGUUUGCAAAAGAUUAAAGUAAAGCACUGCCAGAUUAGCGAGAAAGAUAAACCAGCUUGAUGAUGUAAUACUACCAAACGUUGAGGAAACUAAAGUUAAAUGAAAUAAUUAUUUAAAGCCUUCUUUUAAAAUAAUUUGUGCUUUUUGUCGUAUAUUAAACAUCACGGCUUAAACUACAUUUUAUAGCAAGUUACCUUCCGUUAUGUUUAAAUCCUUUAUGAAUAAAGUAAUUUUCGAACUUUUUUGCCAUGAUAAGCACAGCCCUUUAUGUAGGCGUUUCUCAUAUUUAAACUUAAAACAUUUGCAUAUUUGUAAGGGCAAUUUGUGCUAAUCGUACUGUAACUACUUCGUUUAAGCUUACACUGUCAAGCAAUAUCAUACGCCUUCUACUCAUCAUCUGUCCCAGUCUCCUCAACCGAGCUACCCACAUUACGCCGUUGACCCCAACAGAAUGCAGCCACAACAGUCUAGACCCAUGCCUUCCCACCAACAUGGACCAACAGGCCGCUUUUACGACGAACGCACAUCCCCGAGUAUGCAAGGCUAUAACUCCCCUGGAUCGUACUCCCCUGGUGGAAUGUCCCCUAGCGGAGGCCCCGGGGCUAAAAAGUCCCGGUUGUUGCCGCAAUUGCCUCCAGGAAGGGAACCGAUGGGUAAGACAUUCAAACAUUCAAAGCACAGGGGCACAGGCUGGGUAACCAGCUUAGGCUACCUGUGUUAAGACCACUCACACAGCACUGACACAACACCACACGGUUUUACAUUUUGCACGGUGGAGGUUUAAAAAUCAGUGAAUUAAAAUUCAUGUUAUUCCCGUUAAAAGUUUCUUUGAAUUUGAUAAAUCAAUCCGCUUUAUUGUGAAUGCUAACGUUUUUACCUUUUUAAACCCUUCUCUCGACCUUAAAAUGUGUUAAAAGCUUUAUCCUAUAAAGCUAAAGAUACGUUGAAGAAAACCUUUUUAGGAUCAGAAAAAAAAAUACGAAGGAUGACGUUAACUUCUGCCAUAACUCUGUUUAAAUAAUAAACGGUAAACACAACAUGCUGAACUAAAACUGAACUGAAAAUCAGUGGAAUCCGCAUUUAAAGGAGUGAAGUUUCUGCAUUUGGAAUAUUUUGCCUUAACUUUUUGUUUGUGGUCCAUAAAGCCACUUUAAUCUCCUUCAGCUAAAACCAUUGUUUUUAGAUUGCUGUUACAUCCUAAGUGAUUCUUACUUUCACCAUACUAAUAUAUUGACGUUUUUUCUAUUGCAAGAUAAUGUCGUUAUAGUCGCAAAGUAAUUUUAAAAUAUCUUGACAAAGCUCCUUUAACAGUAGUUUUGCAGAAUGAUAUAAAUCCUAACACUAAGUAUCUAAACUAUAGAUGAAGAAGAUCGAGCCCGACUUGCUAAACAGAAAGUUAAGGAAGUUGAUCCUGGUAGAGCUAAACUGGUCAUCGGUGGCGCUAAAGGCAGGAUAGCUUAUGGCCAGGCCCCGGAAACCGCUUAUGCUCAGCAAGGUGAAGGCUUCUAUGAUCCGAGUAUGUCUCCGAGGCCUGGGCGCCAGUCUCCGAGGCCCAGAGCAAGAACGGGAAGUCCACCGUUAUCAGAGAACAAACCGCAUCCUCUGGGUCACCAUCAGGGGCUACAUAACCCGCAAGGUAACACUAAAACCAGGAAAAUAACAUGAAUUAAUAUCAGUAAAUGAGAAAUACUAUUAAUAUUACUGAUGAUAAUAAUGAUAAUGGUGAUGACGAUAAUAAUAACAAUAAUAAUAAUUAUUAUAAAUAUUUUCAAAGUUGUAAUGGUUUAACUGAGUUAACGUUCGUUUUUUUUUUCUUAUUUACCUACAAUCGUUUUACAGGAGGGAUUAAAUAAUUAUAAAGUUAAGAGCUGUUAAUCAAUAGUUUUCGGUAAACUAAUAUUCAUUUGACUCAUUUCACAUUCAACUUGCACUUUUUCGAAUAACACUUAACUUUUUUUUUUUCAUAAGUUUAAGUUAAAGGAUUAACGUUUGUUACACUUUAAGCUCUCUAGUGCAUGGUGCCGCACUUGAUCACCUCCUUAAUUUUUUUUUUAGUCAAAAAUCUCAAAACAACCUAAUUGCGGUCUUUCAUCUCUUCAUAAAGUUAAAAUGAAGAUACAGGUCCUUAUUGAACAACGUCGGUAACUGGUAAAAGUACACAGUCAACUCGCAAACCAGCGGCCGACUUUGCUUAAUUUAACCCCCUCCUCUCUCCAUCAGUGAUCGAUUUUUACUGUUCUGUAAAGCUACUUAAAGCUACACGGUAAAGAAAGAAGUCGGUCAAGGAUUUGAGGUCACGUCUGGUAAUCGAACACGGAACCCCCCGCAAAGAAGGCUGCGCAUUAACCGACAGUGCUAAUCCUUGCUUCUCCCUUAAUACUUAGAGUGACAACGUUAACUGCUGAUCAAUUGUCAUAAAUUCUAACACUGCUGCCAUGUUACUGUUAUAGAACGCAUGUACUCACCUGAUAUGACCACGCAUGAGCAUGGAGUGCCAUAUGAAAGUCACAGAAGACCUCGUGAGUUCACAUGUCACUUAUCAUCGCCUUAAUCUUUUACUGCUAGACUCCAGUCACGUAACACCUUUUCUUAUUUGCGUGACAGCACAGAAGGAAUCUAUGAUUGCAGUCAUUUUAAAGGGUUACUUGUGGCAAGAGCGUUUAUGUUGCGUGACGACAAUGAAAUACUGCACCACUGCUAAAAUUACAUGUAAAGGCAUUUACCACCUAAAUUGCACGAUUAAUAUCAUUUUUUGCACUCCUUUAUUAAAAUGUUAAGUGCCUACCUUAAAAAUUUAAACAUAAUAGAUUACCAUGAAGACGCGCCUAACCAAUCGAUCAAAUAAACUGGAUAACCUUACUUAUAAACAGUUUAAAUAAGCUUUUUAGUCAGUGUCAAGUAUUAAGUAACAGUUCCUUGAAUACAGAGCUUUGUCCCUUUUAAGGCAGGCGUAAAGCCGUUAUAAAUUCAAACUGCUGAGUAGAACGUAAUUUUUUUAGAAAAAAAGUGUUUAGCGGGGGCUUUUAGAAGUUUCCGAAUGAAAUCCAAUCGGAGCCCAGAUGUAAAUUCUGUGUUUUCCAGUUUUCUUAUUAUCGUCAUCUUUCACAAUUUGGCCUUUCAAAGCAUUCUGAUAAAACCAGUUGAUUGUUUGAAUCUAGAAGUCAUGCCAUAAGUAGUUUGAAUACUGGAGUCGACAACAACCUGCUUUGAAGUCGGACGGAUCAUCAGAGUCGAAAGGCCAUCCUGGAUCUUCUGACCAGAGUCGAAAUGAAUCGUGUAUCGCCCCGAAUGUUCAGUUCAUGAAAGCAAAAGUUAUCUGUUGACUUGUUAGUUGUCGCGGACUCAUUGUCCUUCCCUCGUGUCGUCUAUUGUUGGGUGUCCUAUAAACUCCUUCCCUUUCUUCGUUCUUGUUUGCCAGCCUCACUCCUUUUUUACUAUCCGCGCAAAACCAUUUCUUGCCGGUAGGAUUUUGCGGUUCUCAAUAUUCAAAAAUUUUAAGAACUUUGGUUGAGCUCUACCAAGCUUGUUAAUGAUGAGUUGUUUUUUUAGGUUAAAGCAUUUUUUCCACAUUAAUUUUUUUCUUCGUGGUGGAGAAAUGCGAGUAACCUAGUGAUCAACCAUCAUCCCAACUUCGGGUUAUCUCCAGGCCUUGUUGUUCAGACGCUGGAUAGCGCACCGGAUAAAUCAUUAUCCAGCGGUUAGGUAUUAGGAAAACCAAAUGCGUUAUCCAGUGGAAAGAGAUUUACCCAGUGGGUAGCAUUCAGUGGCGAAUCCAGGGGAGGGGCUCGGGGGUCCGCCCUCCCCCCUUAUUUUUAGACCAAACUGAGGCCCAAAGGGCCAAAAGAAUUUUUUUGGAGACCGCCCACCCCCCCUUUUCUGAGGGUCGGGAUCCGGCACUGGCAUUAUCCAAUUUCGAACAACUGGACCCUGUGUUUGAUGUCCAGCUUUACCUUAUAACCUAUCAAACGAAGCUGCAGUGAAGAGUGACUAAUGUUCUGUUCUUAUCUUUUGUCAGAGACUGCACCCACGCGUCGCCGUAACAGCCUGAGUAGUUUACCGAUCAACGAUUCUGAAGGGGAGCGGGCGCGUAGUCCUUUUCCUAUUCCUAGUCCAGUCCCUCUCGGCCAUGGUAGGAGUCAGAGUAGUUCAAGCUUGCAUGACAAAGAUCGUGGACUUCCCAAUGGUAUGUGUUGAUAUGAAGUUCUUAGAUUUUGUUAGUUUUCCGUUGUCUCAACUGUUGUGCUAUACAUCGGUGCCAAAUUGAGAGCCCAGACAAGAGACGAUUGGAAGAAGUCUGCUGUAGUUUGGGCAUAAGGUGCAACAUUCUUUGGCAAACUCUUAGGCAGUUUCACUUUGUUCUGAUUCCUUAAAACAACUCGGAGGUACUUCUUUUGAAAGAAAUCGCUUUCUUUCGUUUGGGAAGAAAGGAAUCCAAGUUCUUUUCUUUAUUAAAAUGGCUUUUCUCUUUUAUCUUAAACUAUUGUCUUUUUUGUUUACCCUUGUUUUGUUUUUUGUCUCUCUUUUUACUGACUUCAAUUCUCCAGCUAUUUUCCCUUCUUGGACCAUUUUGUAACAUAGCUUAUGCGAGACUAAUACAACUUAACCAGCAUUUUGAUUUAUGAUUAAAUAACAGUCUUAUUUUAUAGUCUUAAAGGUGUCUAAAGUACGAUUUAUGUGUACGUAACUAACACCACUUAUUGGCAGUGUGACGUAGGACACAACAAUGGACCGUAUUUACAGUCGUGCUAUUAACAAUUACCAGUGCCCCAAUCUAGGAUAUAAGAUCCGUAAUUGGACCGUAUUUCUUGGUCAUGCUAAGAAUAAGUACCAGUAGCUCGACCAACGAUAUAACAUUGGACCGUUUUUUAUGGUCAUGCUAAUAACAAUUACAUGCCCGAAAAAACGGAAUCAUUCGUUUUGACAAUCUUUAAUUAGUAUCUCAUAUUUUUAUAACACGAAAACCUCAGUCACAGUUUUAAAUCUUACCAGUUUCUUUACCUUUCUGUUAUAAUGUACUUACCAGUAACGGUAGAGUAGUAAUCGCGCUUUACCAGCAGCUUUGCCGUACAUAAUGCUGUAGACUACUGAUUUCACGAUUUUUCAUAAACGAUUGAUGUAUUCCUUUACUUGUGAUAUGCAGUGCUUUAAUUGAGGCGAUUAACUGAUCUGUAACAAAAAUGGUCCAUUUCUGUCGGGCAACACUGAUCAUGGAUAAAAACUGUUACUUCAAUUUCUAAUGCUAACUGUUAUUGCUGGAUCGAAGGUAAGUUCGGUCUUUACUUUUAAUCACUUCCAACCUCACGUAUCUGGAAUCUUACUGAACUCGUUUUCUUUGAUGCCUCUGUUCUCUCAUGUUUCAAUGCUUCUUUCGACUUUUUCGUCUAUUUUUUUUUUCUUUAGCUGAGAAUAUAGCACGGGAAAGAUAACUAUUAUGACCUUUACACUUAAGAUGUAAGAUGAAAGCGAUUGAAAUUGAUGAUUAAUCUCGGGGUUGUCAAUAUUUUAAAUGACCGUGAAAUUUGUGGGCGUGGACCAAAUUUCAUACAAAAAUAAUAAAGAAAGCGGCCGAACGCACGCUAAUCAAAUUCUUCUUUCCAGCAUUCUGCCAAAGCAAUGCCUCCUUUUUUUUUUCGUACACAGUUUCAAAUGGAAUCAAACCACUAUGAGAUGAAACUACAUUUCCAGAUCUCAUCAUUCUCUUUAAAUGUUAGCCAAUUAUGUUGAUAGAAUGUUUUUUCUCCGUUUUUAUGACCCUUAAAACUUUGUGUCAAAAUAUUUCUCAAACGCUUUCUUUGAAUUUGUUCAAACUUUGCCAUAAUUGAGGCAACUAAGGGAGGUACAAGCUCCUUUAAGCGAUUUCUGAACUCCCGGUGCCGAGAAAUACAAAGGCAAGUAAAAAACGUAAUGGCGUCAUUACGUUGCCAUGGCAACUCCGAUGUCAAUAAAACAAGAGUCACAACAUAUUUUUAUCUUUAUUUAGUACAGCUGUAGCAACCUUAUUCCGAUAUCUUUGUUGAUGCCUAUGUAGUAAACGCUCAAAGUGGGGAAGCAUACUCCCUAAAAAGUCCAGUCCAGCCACCUUAAUAGUCGCAAUAAACAUCAGUAAAUAUUACCUCAAUGUUGAAGGUGAGUAAAUGAGUAAACACUGACGAUUUUUCUCCUUACCCCUCUCCUUCACAGGCAAGCUGCUGGUUCAUGAAGAAGCUCGUUCCGGAAGUGUUAAUGAUCUCCAUGUCUUCCCUACAGGAGGCUUCAUCAAGCCUGCCCGUGGCACGGGACGCAGCGAGAGUUUUGGCGGGAGUGGACGAAGCAGUCGGUCAUCGUCAAUAGCAAGCGACAGGAGCGGCAGCUUAAACAGCAUACCAGGCUCGGUUACUAGUUCUGAGAGUAGGUAGGUACCGCUGACUCGUUAUUUUGUAUGUUUGUUUGCAGCGCUGUCAAGGAGCUCUUUUCAUGAUGUUGAAAGUCAAUAUUUCGAACUAAAAUAGAUCUUAAAAUAUUAGUACGUCAAAAUAGAAAAAUAGCAGAAAGGUAUUAGUAGACUAUAAACAAGUGAGGACGUCUUUGGAUGGACAAACGUUGUCAUGGAUUCAAAAGGACAAACUUGAAAAAUUUAGGCUCAAUUAAGAUGCAAAAAUGUGAUAUAGGUCCUCUAGGGAUCGUUCGUUAUUUUGGGGGAUGACCGGGUCGGGAAAAAAGCUACCGGGCUCUGGGAUUUUUUUCUUAGUUCCUAAUAUAGUCUGAUGGACUGGUACUACCAUCUUAUACUUGUUGAUGUUAAAAAAGAAUUAAUGUUGCGAAAGUAGCGUUCAAAACAGCAGUGAAAACUGCUCACUCGUCACCAUUUGAUUACACAUAAUAAUAUCAUGUAAUGUACAGUGGAUCAACAAAACAAACAAAAUGGCCAUUUGAGGUUGCACUGAAAACUGAAUCUGUGUUCUGUGGAACUGCACCAUGGGACUGUUUUGGAGACAAAUUCAAACUCAGUUUCCUGUGCAACCUCGUAAUAACCAAUGAAUGAACAGAUAGCAGACCCAAAACAAUCCCAUAAUGCAAUUCAACACAACAUCGACGCAGUCUGAAUCACAGAUUCGCAGGUAAGGUGUCAAUCAACACCCAGGAUCAAGAAGCUUCAAGACCCUCACGAUUUUUACUUGUCUUCCUGGCAUGUGGCGUGACUUGUAACUUAGCUUUUGUCAGAACUCGUUACUUGCAAUUAGGAAAUCGAAAAGGCGCAAAGAUGUAUCAAAUUUCGAUAUUUAUUUUUACUUUCGAUUUUUUUUUUCAAUAUUAUUGUUUUAAAAAAAACUGAAUUGGCGAAGUGGUUUUAAAAUGGACCAAAUUUCGAUUUAAAUUUCUGGUUAGCGAGGUUACUAUUACUUGCUUAGUUCAGAUUUUCGUUUUAACAAAAAAAUAAAAUUACUCAUGAAAUGUAUAGAAAAGUUUGGUUUUUUUUAUCAGCCAACAGUAUAUUACAAGAAAUACUUCAAAAAAGGUCUAAAUCUGACGAGGACCAAUUACCAAUUUAUAUUUGAAAAUCAGAAUUGCCGGAAACGUUCACUGAUUGUGAGCCUUAUGCUAAACAAGUACGUUUCUACCUUUUAGUCUGUUUAUAAAAAUAUAAGGCGCGUUAUUCAACAAUUGCUUUCCAGAAGCCAAAGCGAUUUUUAUUCGAGAUCCUUUUGAUUUUAAGUCCGACGCUCUCGCGAUGUUUCUGCGUUGACAAUAUCAUCAUCUCUUCAAGUGCUAAACGAUGAAGUUUACGGCUUCAGAAUAUCGCGAUGUGCUUAUUGAAAGGAUAUUUUAAAUAAUUUUAAAAAGGCACUAAAAAUACCAUUGCUUUGUUUUAGAUGAAUCGAGAGAAGGCUGUGGUAUAGAAUACGGGAUACCACUCCUAUGAUUCGUACUUUAUUAUUAUUAUUAUUAUUAUUAUAACUGUUAUUAUUAUUAUUAUUAUUAUUAUUAUUAUUCAUUUUUUAAGACAUUCUCGUAAACUGCGUUUUCUUCAAGCACUUUUUAAUCAUUUGAUACGUAAAUUGAAUCUUUGUUUGUUAAGAAUAUAUGACUUUGUGAAGGAAACUUUCUUUAAGCAAAUUAUAUGCGUUAAUUCUUGCUGUGGGCAUUUUAUUAUGAUACUGCAAACACGCACUACUACUUAACAUUCUACACGUUUCAUCCUCCGUGUGGGAUGUCAAGAUGGUCAGAGUAGGCUGUUAAACAGCACUUCUAAGUUAAAUAAAAUGCCUCAAACGAACGAUUGUAAAUAAAAGACAAAUUAAUGUUUCCUUAGUAAACUAAACGUGCAAGUUCGAAAAUCGAACUUUUAGCCGGGUCGUUAAAUGGUCACAUUUUAUCUGCGUGCUAUAAUGUACUGUCUUGUGGUGUCAUUUUCUCCUUUUGAUACAAAUUAUUUUUAACAUUUUCUCCUCGAGCACUUGCCGGUUUUUCUGUUUUCUUGGAAACCAAAUUAAUGUGAAACAAUCGAUAUAUGCUGAGCUCAAGAUGAUGGUCUGAUGAAACACAAAACACUAAAUACCUGUGGGACAUUAUGGCUUCUAUAGCGACGGAGCGCAACGGUAAACUAUUCAUUUUUAUGACCGGUUUCUUCGGUUAUGAUUUGAUUUAGUUACCAGCUGUGAUGCUCUGAACUGAUCCGUAGACCCUUAUUUCCAAGCCUGUAGCUUGAACAUUCGCACGUGGCCAUGUCAAGAAUCGAGCGGGUUUUGCAGACGAUGAGCGCCCAUCUUUGGGCUCCGGCCAGGUACUUUAUAUUAGCAGAAACAGCUUUUGGCGUUUUUAUGCCUUGUCUUAUGUCAAAUGGGGUCUGCCUUCAAAUAAGAUUGACAGUGCGUCAUUUUUUUCUCAAUCAGUCGUUACCUUUAACCUCGCUUUUGUUUCUUGUUAAAAUGGAACAAAAUCAAAGUUACGAUCAAAGGUUCAUCGGGCCCGCUUUUUGUAAACUGUAAGGAGUGUCUCGUUUAUUGCGAUUUUUCGAAGAUUUGACAAGCAAAUUGUGUUUUUUUGCCUUUUACACACUUGCUGUGUUUGGAUGUCAAAAUUUAUGCAAACAAAAUGAGAGAAGCAGCGCAGAGCUUAGCUGGUUAACGAAUCAUACUGUUACUGUCCCAGAAAAAAUACAAUUAAUAAUACAGGAGUAUACAAUCAAAGUUAAAAGCAACCUUCUGCUUCAUGGAUUUAAAAAUUGAAGACUUUAUCUCAGACUAACAUCUUGGAAAAAAUCACGUAACGUAUAUGAAAAGUUUAAAGAAAGAAGUUGUAGAAACAUCACACUGUUUUGUACUUUCGCACUAACAGAAAUACGGUGGCGUUUGUAACAAAAAACUGAGCCUUUGCGCAAUUCUCAUGUGAAUAAUUAAUGACCAGCAAUACAUACGUAAUUUAUUAUAAUUCAUUGUCCAGAUGGUAUCUCUUUGUUUCGCAGAUUCGCGCUCGUUAACAGUUGCAGCGACAGUUGAUGUGUGUUACAUGACGCAAUUUUCACCACGGUUGAUAAUUUGCACGCGUGUGUUUUUUUGGUUCUAACAAGCAUGCAUGUAAUAUUAAUAUUCUUAACUAAUAUUCGGGACAGCGCUUUGUGCUAUUUAAAUACGAUUAAUUGGUACACGAAUUGCGUUCCUUGGAUUUCAAAUUUUCAGCUUUAAUGGCGAGUUUUUGGGACGGCGCGCGACAGUUUGUAAAGGCUACAAACAGGUAAGGGUUUCUGUGAAAAAUUCACUCCCAGAGUUGAACUUCCGCCGCUGCAACUCCGUGUUCAGACGUAUGAGUCCAUGGACAAAAUGUCCUGAAAGCUACGUGGCGGUAUGUAAGCUGCUCUAAAUUUGUUGUCUCUGAAUGAAAUCUCUCGAGGUCAUUCAAACGAAAGCUACUGAGAAACACCUUUUUUGGCACUAUUUAUUAUGCUGCACAUGAUGCUAAUUUUUUGAGCCUGUGGAUGAAGUCGUGAAGUUUGACGGUUAAAGUGAAAGCUCCCGAGUGUUGAUUGAUUUCAGUGCUGCUUUUUGCUCUUCGAUUCUCUUCAAAACUGGGCGGAUUGUUAUUGAGAUUUUUCCGUCGAUGUUCGCUGAAAUGCUGUUGCACUGUACACUAUGCCGGCACUACCUGUAAUGUGUCUUUUCUCAAGUGGUAUAUGGAGUUUACUCGUGAGUUAGUAACUUUGUAUACAAAUCCAUUCUGCUCCAAAUAAUUCGGAACUUUGUCAGUUUUUUUGAUGUUUCAUUUUAAGGCAAGGGCUCUGAUUUAAAGUUUUUUACCUCCAGAUAUUCAAAGAACUGUAUAUCCUUGUGCAGUAUACUAUACGGCUGAGCAUAUCAGGGAAGGAUAUCUCUGAGUUGCUUUCCUUCCUGUUGAUUUGAAGGGGAUGAAUCAUUUAAAGUAGCUCUUUAUAGUAUCAUAAACAGCACCGCAGCAAAAGACUGCGGUUUGAAUUUUGAUGAUCUCCAAUACAUAAGCGAAACUACUUCUCUAGUGUCGGGGUAUUGUUCAAGGUAGUAAAAACUAUGUUUAAAAUGUCAGGUCUCGACGCGUGUCUUUAAAACAAGUUCAAAAUUAUUAAUAAGGCAACAUAAGCUUAAAAUUACUUUCAUUUCGCCUUAACCCCGAUCUAUAAAAAAAAUGGCGGCAUAAUAACAUUAUGCAAGUAUCGCUCUCUAGUUAUAUUUAAAUUGUUUUAAUUAAUACCGCUGCUGGCUUGCGAAAUGGUUAUUACAUUUUGUAGAUAUUGCCUUAUUUUAACUGUUUUUGUGGCGACUGCACAGAUUUCUUUCCAUGUGGAUCGCUUAACCACUUCGAGGUUUGUAAUCAGUGAUCCAGUGCGAGAUCUGACUAAUAAAACCUUAGCAGUGUCAGAGUUAAUGUUUAAAUUGGUUUUCUGUCGAUUUUAUGCUAAUAGAUGUCUCGUCAAAAGAGUUUCUAAUUAUUUAAACUGUCCGUUUUGUUUUAGAUGUAUCGACAUAUGGCGAUCAAGCUUGCGCAUGUUGUGUAAUUAGUUUUAAUGAGCGCUUAAGUUACUCUGUGUUAUGCUUUGAUUUAUUUAUAAGGAUAUAAUUUAACAUUACUUGCGUUCGUAAGUAAAACAAUUUCAUUUUACUAUCUUGGUUUUCCAAAAAAAAAAAAUGGCAUAUUUGGCAUCGUUGAUGCAUUUGACUCCUUCCUCUCGGUCUUAUCUUUAUUUAAAGGUACUUUCAUAUGUUGACGAUCGUUUUUAUCUCUUUAACUUGAUUUCAUAGUCGUAACAUUUUCUUUAUUAUUAUUACUUUUUAAAAUAUCGACUUAUCUGUAAGUAGACGAUUUAUUUCAAUAUGAAUAGCACAUUUUGAUGAUCUCGUAUGUGUUUUUGAUUAGUUAAAAAUUGUAAACUCAAGUGAAAUUUCAAGGCAUUUGUAGCUAGGAAAAGAAGAAAGCUGUAUAUAACAACUGUUGUAUUUGCAGCUUUUGUAACACAGUUAAUGGCCAGUUGUUUCGCCGCUGUCAUCUCUGAUUGAGAACCUCAUAAUUUUGUAGUUUGCCGAAAGAGGUGUAACAGAAUGCCUCUGUAGCCCAUUAAGUCUGUGACUUAAAGCUAUCAAAAGACUAAGUGGUUACGUGCGUGGGCUGUUAAAUGACAGCUACUGAGCAGUACUUUCCUAUGGCAUUGUUUGUUAUGCUUUACAGAGAUCAGAUAGUCUACAUGUAGCUUUUGAUUCUGGAUAAAAUUAUGAAGUGUGUCUAUUUAGAUCACGGCCACUGAGUAGUACUUUCCUAUGAAUUCAGUUCAUAUUGCUGUACAGAGAAAUUCUUGCUUUGGGUUCUGGAUAAAAUUCUCAAGUGUGACCAUUUAAAUGACAGCUACCGAGUAGUACUUCCUAUGGUACUGCCAAUUAUGCAGAUGAGCGCACGUAACAAUUUCUUGUAACCGUUUAUUAAUACUGCACAAGGUGAUUCUGCGUCUAAUUCUAAAUUCUGCGCCAAGAUGAUAUUCUCGUAUAUGACGAUUCGAUUUCUCGUUGCUUUCUUCAUGUCAUCUUUCGAAAGCUAAAAAAAUGACUUUUUCAGCUAACUGGAAAUGCGUUAAACAUCGUUUCUCGGCGACAGAAAAACAGAUGAAAAUGUCUGGUAUCCUCAUUAAAACACUAUUGGAACAUACAACUUUUACCGAUCUGUUCUCUAUCGAAGCUGGUGUGGUACAAUGUUCAACGUAAAAUUGGUAAUGAAAUUAUCCCACCAAACUGAUGAAUUUUCAAAAAAAUCUGGAGUUGUUCUGUUAAUUAACGACACGCAUGCUUGCAUGAUCUGAACGAAGAGACCUCUUGUAUGUUUUGUUUUCCCAAUACAUGUCAUGUGAUAAUACUCUAGAGAACCGUUUCUUUCAAAUUUCGUCUUAUUCACGUGCCUUAUGAAAAGACAAAGGGUCAAGUUCCCUUGAGACCUCUACUGGGAAAACAAAACAUACAAGCGAAAGAGGUUAAUUAUCAAACAAUAAAAGCAUAUUCGUUAUGGCUCCCUCUCUCCUCGCGAGGCCCUCUUCCUCGUGCGUGACGACCUAACAGCGCUCCACGCAGUUACCUGUCUCAUCAGACGUUUAAUUUCCAGACAAUAUGAUAAGCCUAAGAUAUUGUCAGAGACUUUUUUGUGCCUUUGAAAAUAUUGCUUUGAAAUUACCGACAAAGGUGGUGGUAAGAGCUCUUGCGAAAAUCUUUAACAAGAGUUUGUCGUUGCACAGCAUAUUUCUUCCAUGACAACCGCGUUUUCACCAAUUGGCCAUUCUGAGGAUGGCGCGUGAGACUGGGUCGGUGUUGUGUCGAAUUGCACCAUGGGACUGUUUCUGGGAUGCUAUCGCUUCUUUUAUUGGUUAGCAGGAGGUUGCUCAGGAAACAUACAGUCCCAUAGUACAAUUCAACUCAACACCGACCCAGUCUCAAGCUCAACGACAAAAUAUCCAAUUCUUGGUUUGCAAACCACGUGACAUGGCGACCACUUUCACCGAGACGUGAGGCACCUUCUUUACCCCCCAAAAUUUUACAUAACCAUUGUAUCCAAUUUCUCCUGGGUAUUACAGUGGACCUAAGAGAAAUUAGCCUGUUUCAGGCUCAUAGAUAGUGGGGAUGACGGGUAAGGGUAAGGCACGCGAAAAUAUAAUCACGUGAUGUGGGAAAGGGGAGUUGUGACGGGAAAAAGCCCUUUCUCUCCCCAGUUUUCCUCCCGUUUGAUUUUGGUACCAGCCUCUGCUAGCAGCGAACUCUCUAGGAGCCUGGAACAGGCUAAAGAGAAAUUGAAGACAAUGGUUGUGCAAAAGUUUGGGGGUGAACAAGGUGCAUCAUGGUCUUGGUGAAAAUGGUGAAUACAAUAAAAAUAUUUAAAAGAAUUUGUAUUAGAAUAGAGUUUGGUUCCCAAAGGAUAGAAAUAUUUUUGUUCUUGACCACCAACAUGGUUACCAUAGAAAGAUGGAUUUGCUCCAUAAUAUUCUCUCUGCUGUAGCGAGUUUUCCAAGUUUUUUAAACCAUAGAAUUUCUCGGUGCAAUGAGAUCACGUGUUCAGAUAUCGCAUGGAAAAGUACGAACGAUAGUAAUGUUUUCUGUGCUGUAGAAAAACGAUAUCGUAGUCGCUCCUGCCUUCUCCCUUUAAGGGUCUUGAGAGGAAGUAACUACACUUCUUUUUUUAUCUCCACAGUCCGUGGAUUCCGCCGGGGAUAAAGCUUGGAAAUGAAGGUCACUUGGGUGAUUUUAUAGAUGGCCUGGGUCCGGCUCAGAUAGUUGGCCGUCAGGUUCUGGCCUCACCCUCCAUGGGGGAAAUUCAACUGGCUUUAUUUGAUAGAAAAGGAAUGUUAGAAGUAGAAGUCGUACGAGCGAAGGGUUUGUUACCCAAACCUGGGUCAAAGAUUCUUCCAGGUAAUGUAUCUGCGUUUCGUAAAUUUGGUAAUCCCAGCGAGGUUUAAAUAACAAAAGCCCUAAUUUGCACAAGAAAGCAAAACCCUGAAGGAUUCUGGUCGUAGUAGUGAAAUGACGUCAUGAUGCAAAUAGCCUAUUAGUUAAUGAAUCAAUGACUGAACAAACGAACGAAUGAAUGAAUGAAUGAAUGGCAAGGGAAAAUGAGUGAAUGAAUGCUUGAAGGGAUGAGUGAACGAGCAGACGAUGAAUGAGCAAAUGCUUGGUAAUGAACGGAUGGAUGGAUACAUGCUUGUUUGAGCUCGAAUGACUGAGGAUAACUGACUUCAAAUGUAUACUGAACGAUGUUGUCUGUUGUCUCUUCUUGUUUUGUUUUUGUAUUUAGCGCCUUAUGUUAAGGUAUACGUGAUGGAGGGAAAAAGAUGCUUGGUGAAGAAGAAGACUCGUACGGCGCGGCGAACUUUAGAACCUUUAUAUCAACAACAGUUAGAGUUUAAAGUAGAAUUUACGGGCAAAACAUUACAGGCAAGUGACAUAGCCUUGCUUUACUGACUUUAAAUUUUAAACCAGCGAAUAUUUAGGGUCGUGCAUAGAGGCGAUUUCAUUGCACUUCAACAGUUGCGGUUUGGGGCGAUUUUAGCGAGGUCAGCCGAGGUUUCUUUUUCCUGUAAACAAAUUUGGCGGAUGGUAGGGGAGGUUUCCCCGGUGGUGCAAUCUACCUUUUACGCAUUCAUAUCAUGGGCUAUGGCUGGGCUACAGUGAGCACAUAAAUGGACUAAUAGCGGCUGUCAGUGGCGCCGUGUAUGCUGACGUCCGCGCUUACUAUUAACAUGUUUAAAAUAUGUAAAGAGAACGCGUCUUGUUGUCCCCUAAUCCACGAUAUUAUAUUACGAAAGGUUACCUUACAUUACAUUACAUUUUGGUAUUUAGAUGAAAAAAUCGGUUCAAAGCUGCGCAGAAUCCGGGUUUAAAGGGAACAAACAGCAAAUUGUUGUUGCUCGAAAUAUAGGUAGCCGUAACUGGUCAUCGCCUAGACUGCAAAACAGUCCGUAUUUUUACGUAUUCAAGUACGCGCGAACAGUAAAAAAAAAAAAGGUCUGGGCCGAGGCUGAAAACAGAGAGCGAGACUACACGUCCGUAGGGUGUGUGAGACACGAGCGCUUCUCGCGCGCGAGAUUCUUGGGCUAUUCUUACGCUACGUUAAACCGAUUUUGAGAAAAAAAUCGACUGCUUUGCAGUCUAGUCAUCGCAUAACAGGCCAUAUCCGAGUUGCCUCAAGCCUCUGUUUCAAUGCGAGGCUUAGUUCCAAGCCAUUGAUAUCAAUUAUUCAUGCAAAUAAAACGCAUUUUCACCAGAGAGGUUUUGCGCUUAAACUUGUUUUGAAAGUGAGAUUUUCGGAAAGCGGAAAUGGAAUCGUGAGUGUUAACACGUGCGAUUUGGGUUUGCAACCAGUGGCGAUCCUGUCUAACAAAUGCUUUUUUGUUGCAGGUUAUUGUGUGGGGUGACUACGGUCGCAUGGAUAGAAAAGUUUUCAUGGGAGUUGUACAGAUUUUACUGGACGAAUUAGACCUCAGUAAUCUGGUUAUUGGUUGGUAUAAACUCUUCUCAACUUCUUCUAUGUGUGACCCACCCCUCCCCUCUUCUCCUCUUGGUGGCUCGCCGAAGAAAUCCCCAGGCCCCUCCCCUCGUUCGUCCAUGAAUCAAAAUGUGGGAAGUCCAAUGCGUGGGAUGUCACCGCUACCGACCAUCGUACCUCCGCCAGGUCACAUGGACAAUAUGGAUGAGGAGGGAGAUUACGUAUGAGUCAGUCUGUUGUAGUAGUUUUCAUAAUUAUGAGUGAAGCAAGGUUGAGUUGCCAGAGUGGACUUCUGGGAUUUGUAGUUUGGGAUACCACGCAAGGCUUGGUUUGGACGACAAGGGAAGGUACUGUUAAUGCAGCGCUGGAAGGCAAGCGAUGUUUUUGAUACAAACAAGCCGAAACGAAACUGCAGAACAAUGAAAAUAAUUCAGUGAAGGCGCACCGCAAACGGGCGGCUAGGCCGCUAGUUGCUUCUACAGCUAUAAAAGUGCAUCGGCAAUUAAUUUUGCCAUUAAUUAAGUAGUUAGUCUUUAAUUAAAGCUGUUAGGAAUGAUCGUUUAUGCCAUUUAAAGCAAUUGAAACCAACUUGCUUUGAAUGACCGACUUAAACUGGUGUUAAAGGGCGAGGUCACGUGCAACCUAUGCAAAGCGCGGGGAGAUUGUUUGUUUAGCUUCUCAUUGGUUGGAAGGAAGGUCAAAUUUGUUUUAAUUGGUGAGAACGAGUUGCACUAGAUUUUAAGGCUGUCUUCAUUAGGCCGGAUAGCUCUUGCGCCGUCACUAAAACCAUAGCGAAUAUGGAUGGCCUUUGUUCACACUUUUGAACGGUGAUUUAGCCGCGGUUUCUUAGCGGAACGAAGCUCUGCCGCCUCGAUGUUGAAAGUGGAUCGUUAUAUAUCCGGUAGAUUUCUAUGCUACUCGUCGUGGCAGUGUGAACAUGCAGUCAUAGUUAACAUUUAGCUCAUUGGCAUAGAAGGCGUUGUGCUGUAUGAACGAAUUAAAAUCAAAAGUUGAAAGAGCUGGUCAGUUUCAGCAAUUUAAGUGCAAUUUUUCACCAAUAACUGAAAUUGUUUUGCUCUUUCAAUAUUCAGAGAUGUUUUUCUAAACAGCUUGAUCAGAGAAUGAAAGGCAUGUUAAAUGAGGCAACAAAAUGUAACCGAUGAUUCGUUUAUUCGAACCGUAGCGGAAGUGAAUGAGCAGGAGCGAGGACUGGAAUAGAGUGAUAAAGUAAAUAUUCAGGAGUGAGAAUCGGAAUCCAGUGGACUAAAACCUUCUCAGUCAACCGCUCCGAUACGAUGCUCAAUGUGUGUGAAGGACCUGAUCUAGCUCUGGGCCGUUUCUUUUCAUACGAAGCCGGAGUAUUUUUCAUGUUGACGUGAAAAGUUAUCCGUUAUAGUGUUCAGAAAGCCUUAAAACUGGUUUUAAUACUAGUGUUUAGCAGGCACAGUAUUAUACUAAUAGCUACGGAAAUUUUUUUUUUCUGUAAAAAUAUUGAUUGGAGUCAAAGGCUUCUGGGUUGCUAGAACAUUGUUUUUAAGACAAUCGACUUGAGAACUAAGUAAUACUUCGCAGAAGGCACAAGAAAAUGGACAAAGGUAAACGUAUAUGUAGGAGAAUUUUCGUUUGAUUUGGAUUUAGCGUACAGCACGAUUCGUCUGUUGAAUUGGAUACGUUUUGAAAUCUUCUGUAAACUGCUAAAAUAUUUAAUUGCCUCCUUAAUUUGUUUUAUGACAAUGGAUCAGGUGAAUGAACCCUCUUGAAGUUGGUUCAAAUUGUAAUGUAUUAAGCAGGUCUUUGAAACGUCAUAACAAGUAGUUUUAACUUCAAGUUCAUGGGAAAUGCUGUGCAAGGUAGCUUGCAUAAGCAGCCAUCUCACCUCUCCGCUAGGGACGUUUCCCCAGGAUUUAUUAUGUAAACAUUGAUUUACGUCGUCAGUAUGGAAUAUUUCUGUUGCUGAGGCGUAGACGUCCCUCCUAGCAAAACGUCCCGAGCGGCGAGGAGCGGGCUUUGUACAAGGUAGUUCUAACUUUGAGGUCUGUGGUUGUAAGCCUAAAACCUCACCAUUUUAAUGAAAGCUAUUAAUUAAGCAGUGCUGUCAUGUAGUACUGUUUGUUUUUAAUGCUUGGCUAAACGACUUUUUCUCUAAUAUUUGACCUCGAGAGCUACGGAAAUGAAAGACUUUAAAAUCACUCAACCUACGAGUGCAGACUCAUUUGCGGCUGUCGUUUGUCUUCCCUCAAAGAAACGCGACGGCUGGAAAUAGGUCAAUGGUACCCGGUAGAUUUUUACCAGGAAGCUUUCAGUUUCUGGAAAUUUAGGUCUGGACUUAAAAAGGCAUGGGCAAGGACUACAAAGGUUUUCAAAAACUUUUGUCGUAAGCAAUCUUAUUUAAACAGCGAAAAAAAAAAAAUGCGAUGUAUGCAACCAAUUUGUAAUCGGCAAGACAAGUAACCUGUAGAUAUUUUAAUAUUUAAUUAAUAUUUAAUUUCACCUAUCCACCAGAAUAACCUGAAUAGCUUAUGUUGCAAGAAGUUUAUUAUGAGCAAGUUCGCUUGUGUCAGAGUAAGCAUAAGCAUUGAAUUAUUAUAUUUAGUAAUUUAUUUAUUUAUUUAUGAAGAGAUCUAUUUAGCACUGUAGAGUUAAUAUAUUAUAGCCCUGUAUUAUCUGCAUAGACAUUGCAAUCGAUUUAUUUAUUGCUAAUUGUUAGUUGCGGGGAAUGGAAUUCUUUUCAACGAAAUUAGUAUUUAUGCUCUUUUUAAAGUUUUAAACAAAACCGUAUUGAUCAAAGAAGCGAAAUAAAAUACCAGAACGAC